AUGAAUACCUACAUGAAGGCAGCGGCAAUCACUUUAUUCAUCAGUCUAGCAGUUUUGGCAGCAUGUAAGUGUUUUAUUUAUUCAUUUAUUUGUUCAUAUGUUUAGGUUUGAUGUCCUUGGAUAAAUAAUAAGCUUUUUUUAAAGUAUUAUUAUUAUUUAUAUGUAUUUAAAAGUUUGCGUCUUUAGGCUCCCUACCUCAUAUGUGACGUAAACUGAAAAAUUUAUAGAAACACUUCUGUUAUUUUUUGGGUUCUUUUGUAAAGACUAAAACAAUAAUGCUCGUUACCUACAGAAAUACAGGUGUUUUGCGUUUCGGUAUUUAAUAUAAUAAAAUAUUAUUUAUUGAAUAUUUUCUUUAUACAAGGACAUUUUGAUUAAUUAACAUUUUUAAGAAAAUCUAUCUAUCUAUCAUCUUUUCCUGUGCAACAUUAACUACUCCCUGAAUAUUGUAUAUAAAAUAUGUAACUAACAUUACACAAAGCUCCCAAGCCAAACCUGACAUUUAAUUAAAGCUUGAUAUGUGAUUAGCAAAAUAUUAAUCAAGGGAACUUUUAAAACCAAACAAUCUAUUGCUUGAGGCAUAGCCAGAAAAUAAAAUUAAAAUUAAAAUCACUGGUAUAAGAUAAAUACUCUUUUGAUUGAAAUAAGUUACAUGCGUGCAAGAUAGCAUGUAAUGGAAAGGGUAUUAUUAUUAUUAUUUAUAUAGUGCCAUCAGAUUCCGUAGCGCUGUACAAUGAGUGGACUAAGAGACAUGUAAUUGUAACCAGACAACUGGACGUACAGGAACAGAGAGGUGAAGGGCCCUGCUCAAUGAGCUUACAUUAAAGAGCGAGUGGGGUAUAGUGACACAAAGGGUAAAAGUAGGGGUACGAAGUAGGUUGUUAGAAAAGUAUUCACUGAGGGCUUAGUAGGUAAUUUUUGACAGUUGCAUGAGAGGACUCAUGGGGGGGUUGGGAAUAAAAACCUGCUAACAGUUUUAUUGAUAUGCUUUCUUGAAGAAGUGAGUUUUCAAUGAUUUUUUGAAUCAGUGGAGACUGGGUGAAAUUCUUACGGAGAAGGGAAGGGAGUUCCACAGAAGAGGUGAAGCCCUGGAAAAAUCUUGGAGGAGAGCAUUAGAGGUGGGAGUACGGACAGAGGAGAUACGUAGGUCUUUCUUGUUUAAUAGACCAGUAAUGACUCAUCAACUUAGAUAAAACUCCAACUCAGGAUCGGACUAAACGGAGAUGCAAACCAGUUCACCUGCCAAACCAAAUGCUGCCAAUAAAGGAGAUUUAUGAUUAUGUUCCACUGGCGAUAUUGCGAGACUGGAUUAUGAAAUGACUUUAGUAAUUUGACUUUGUUCAUUUGACGUCAAUUUCUAGUUCAGCUAAUUUAGCUGCAUUUUGCAAGUUGGUUGUCACCCACCAAAGCUUACUGUCCACUAAACAAAUCCCUUAUUCUUGAUUUAUUACCAAUGGCUCUCCAGCUGAUGCAGAACUAUAAUUUCCAAUGAGGUUGUAAUGAAACUUAGAGUUUUAGAAAUUAGGCAACGUAGCUCAUUCAGAUUUAAUGGGCUUUGAUAAACGCGAUUCAAAGCAGAACACUGAGUUUCUUAAUUUGAUAGUUGAUACAAUCAAAUAGAUUAAGCAUAUGAUUCUGAUUUAAAUAUAUUAAUUGCACACAAUUAUAUCACACACUACUGCAAUAUUUUAAUUGAAAUAAACUGUAACAUAUUAGCCAAUAAACUUAUACUUAAUUUUAUAUUUUCCAAGUUUCGGAAUGGAGACCAAAGACUCAAAAUCAGCAACCUGAGUUUUCCAGAGAGAUUCACCGGGAUAUUGGAAAGAGAGUAAAUGAUAAACCAAGCCCACUACAGAAAGCCAGGCAGAACGAGAAUAAGAGCAUCAGAAGAAGACAUUAUAGAGAUGUCAUCAUGGAACUAGAGUCAAGUUACAUUGAGAAAACUCUCACAACGAGUGAAAAAAAUGGAGAAAUAGUAAAUUCUGCACAAAGCAGAAAAAAAUAUUUAAUUAUACACACAGGCAAAAAUAAAGAUAUCUUUAGAGACAUUAGCAAAGACAAAAGGAAAAUGGAUGUGAUGUUUGAAGGAAGUGGAUCUGGAUUUGGAACAACAGAAGGACCCCUUAAUACAACAAUAGUGAGAUAUACAGAAACAGAUACUUCACCAUCUGAAGGAUCAGGAGACAUGGAUACAACACCAGUGACAUCCAAAGGUCCAUACGCAACAUCAACAGAUUCUAUGGAAAGUGCUUCACAAAUGCCGACAAGUACCUAUUCUCAGUCUCCAACCACCACACCAACCCCAACUACUACUACUAGCAAUACUGAGACAACACCAGGUGGGUACCCUGAUGAAUGUCUCCAGAACCCAGACAUAAUUUUGUCCUAAAACAUGCUUUAGUUCUAUUUAUUGUUUAUAUGAGAUUCAAUCUAAAGUGAAAUUUUAAGUUUCUUUACUUCUAAAACAAAUUAUGUUCAAAAAUCUUUUUAGCAUAACAUUUAUUUUCAACAUGGGAUGUCUUUGCACUGCAAUGUGAUAAAUUAUCCAGUGUUACGUGGUGUUAGAAACACUGUGCAUGAGAUUAGCGCAUGGAUAAUGUUGCCUAGUGUAUAGUACGUGGUUCGACAACCAUAAUCUGUUUUUUGAAUAUAUGUUUUAUGUUUCUGUAACGCUGAGCUGCUUAUUUUUUCAAACAUUCUAUAUAUUAUUUAUUUAUUUAUUUAUAAAAUAUUUUACCGGGAAAGAUACAUUGAGAUUUCUCUUGGUUUCAAGUAUGUCCUGGGUUUCAAGUAUGUCUUAUUAAUAAGUCAUUCUUUUAUUAUGCAUUUCUUUAAUCUUCACGCUCUUCUCUCAAUAUUUUAAUCAACAGCAUAUUUAUUAUUAUUUUUAUUUUUAUUUAAGGUUUGUGUCGCAAUGGAGGUACCUAUGAUGGAGUUAAAUGCAUUUGCCUGGAUCAGUUUUAUGGGCCCUUGUGUGAGAGUGUGGUAGACAGAGUUGAGAUCGGUGGUAAGUGUUCCAAUUUAACGGGUUGAUGGAUUAGCCAGAUUGAGAACUUUGAACCUAAUUAUUCAGAGGUAACUUUUUAUACUAGAAACAUGUUGGUAGAAAAUCAAAAAUAGAUUGGAGUGAAAAUUUAAAAAUAUCCAUAAUAAAAAUAGUAAAACGCAUUGAAUUGAAUAAAGUUGCAUUAUGAAUUGUAGUACAUUACAGUCAGUAUAGUUUUAAAGCUAUCUCCGCAGUGUGAAAUUAAUUAAAUUCAUAAUGUAAAUAUCAUCAGGCCACCACAUAUCCAUCAACAAUCCUAUCCUUCUUGGAGUAAAUUAACAGCUGACCUUGUAUCUCUCUCCGGACAGAUAAAGUUAAUACCACUGUGAAAGUGAACCUGAGAAUCACUAACCGGAAUUAUACAGCUGGCCUGGAGAAAAUCAACUCACCUGAAUACAAUGAAUUUGUAGAUAAUUUUAGAUCAGAAGUGAGUAGUAAUCCUUCAAAUUAUUUUAAUUGUUCAGCAAUCUAUUAAUCAGUAGCACAAUAUAACUAUUCACCUCUCUUUUUGUCUUUGAUACAGAUGAAAAGGUUCUAUAAAGAUCUACCUGGAUAUAAAGAUGUGAUAAUCAUUAGUUUGAGGUAGGUUUACUACCAACUUAUUUUAGUUUUUAAAAAUCAUAAUACUUUGAAUAUUAGAUGCAUAGUAACAAAUAAAAAAAAUUGCAUUAAAUCGCAGGUUAAUUUUAUAUAUCACUGUUCAGGGGUAAUCGAAAUAGAUAAAUAAGGAAACUUUUAAUAAUACAACAACAGUGGAGGGACCAAAAUGAUCAAUCCACUGAAGUUGUUAUUGGUUGAAGGGUAUUAGGGCAUAACCCAAGAAUAACAAUACAAAGAGAGAGAACUGAGAUGAGUGCACUAGAACAGUACACCCAAAGUCAGAACCUAAACCCUAAAUGUAUAUACUCCGCUAGUUUAUUGCAACAAAGUUGCCAAUAAUGGAACCUAGAGUGAACUAAUUAUAAAAUGUAUAAAUCUUUAUUGGUCCCUCUUAGGGGAAAUAAGAUAAAACAAAAAAGAAGAAGAUAAAAAAAAAUGUAAGUUUAAAGUGACCAGAAUUUUAUAUAUAAAAAAGGAUCAACACUUGAUCAAUUCACACAAAAUCAUCGAUAUACGUCGUCAUGGAUAGCUUAAUAGGAAUUAAAGUAUAAGCAGAGGCUUAUUAUAGAUGGCUUCCAAUUACUGCCUCAUCCACAGUUAGCUAAAUAUAUUUGAAAGUACCCAGCUGACAGUAAUUAUUUGUCUCCUACUUGAUAUUAUUGUAACAGAGAAAUGUUACAAGUAAUAAAUAGAUACAGUAUCCAUGGGACAAAAUUAUUGUUAAUAACUUAUGAGCGAGUAUGGUAUCCGUGAUGAUAAAAUGUAACCCCUGAGAAUGAAGACUGUUGUGUAUUAACUUAAGUAUAGCGAUGUGUUUAUAAAUACACAUAUGUCAAUGCUUAUUAAAGUUGUCCGAAGUAAAUACAGUCAAAGAGAUUACAAAAAGCAAAAGUGGUGGGGGAUAUAUUAGUCAUAAGUGCAAUAAAUUGCAAAAAAAUAUAUGUAUUUUGGAGUAUCUGGGGAGCAGUGUAAACCGAACUAGUAAAGUAAUUAUGAUACUAAUCGGUGAAUAACACUGUCCCCCCAAUUGGAAUACCCCAGAACAAUAGAGGAUGAAUGGCAGAAUUUCUGAAUACCCCGUUUGACUCUAUCCCACCCUAACCGGUGCCUAAAGAAAGCUUACAGGAGAGCUGUAGAAUCAGAUAGAGAGACAUUAUUAAUCAAGAAUACACCCGCUAUCUCUACCAACCACGUAUGAUCGCCACCUACAACGCAGGGUGGGAUAGAGUCAAACGGGGUAUUCAGAAAUUCUGGCCUCUCCUAACGGGAGAUACACAUCUUAAAAGGAUUUUGGGCCCAAAUAUUGAAAUGACAGCAAGGAGAGGCAAAAACUUGAGAGAUCUCCUAGUACCGAGUCAUUAUCAAUCACAAUACCUUCAAACUCGAACUUGGCUCAAUACACCUAUUACUGGUACUUUUCAAUGUGGGCGAUGUGUCGCCUGUAAAUACAUUAAACGUGAUUCUAAAAGAAUAUCCGAUAGUGAAAACAAACAAAUUUUUAACAUCACUUCAUUCUUUAAUUGCAAUACCGCAGGUUUAGUGUAUCUUCUUACCUGCGAAUGUGAUUGCAAAUACGUAGGUAAAACCUUCCGCCCUUUCAAAGAAAGAAUUAAAGAACAUGUCCGUUCACCUAAAUUGAGUGUUGAAACCCCCAUCGCCCGUAACCUGAAAGAACAUCACUCAGGCAAAUCACAUGGCUUACGGUUCUGUGGUUUAGAACUUGUAAAACGGGAUAGAAGAAGGGGGGAUUAUGAUAGAUUCCUAAAACAACGGGAGAGCUUCUGGAUUUACAGGCUCAAGACUUUACAACCCAGAGGACUGAAUGAAGGUUUUUCGUUUGCACCAUUCAUCUAGUUAACACUAACCAUCUCUUUUGUAGUGUCAAAUCCCUUACCUAUUUGCUAUAAUAGGGAUAUGCGACUGAGCAUUAAACUACUUCAUCUAUAUAGGUUCGAUUGCUUAUCACAUGUGGGAUCCCCCAAAAAUAUUUGAAACUCACAUAUUACAAUAUAAUGAAAUAUCAUAAUUUAAAUAUUGUAAACUUAACACAUAAUCAAAUUUAGUUUACUGCAUUUAAGUGUCUGAACAUAUAUUUCCAUAAUGUUCAAAUAUUGGUUGCUAUUCUAUCUAUACAUCUGUAAACCUGUAUGGUAUACAAUUCUGAUAUGGUAAAUGUAAUAUAUAAUAUUAAACAAGUUUACUUAAACAAUAAGCUGUUCCUAAAAUGUUUCGAUACAAGCUGUCACUUUUACUAUACUUCAUCCAUAUAUUUGCUAUUCUGUACUCUCUUUAUGGACCUCUGUGUUCCAACAAUUUCCUAUGAACUACAUAUAUUUACUCUAAUCUCCCCUUUUGGGAUUUCUUUGCAUUAUAGGCACAGAGGGGGUUAAUUCCAUCGUGCCGAUAAGGCUGGCUGCCAUUCUCCUCUCUGGCCACGCCCACAACUCGGGCCGUCUGACAACAUACCAUGACGUCACAUUUUGUGAUGGGCGGGCUUAUGAGGGUUUAAAAAGAAGCGCCAACCUCACAAUCGGUUAGCCCUUGACAAAGGCGCAUGCUGGCGCCGAAACGCUCGUUGGGCACACUGAUACUUAAUAUGCAUCCUACUUAGGACUACUAUUUCUUCACUUAAGGCAACACUGAUACUUAUCUCUACUUAGGAUCAUCAUUCAACUUUAUUCAAUUCAAUUAGGAUUAGAGCGGAGGGAUUUAUUUCUUUAGAACUAUUAGGAAUUAAUAUUAGGGCUUGCUGUAUCUCUCCGGCGUAUUGCUCGGUUUUUUUUCGAGUUUGGAGGGAGGGUCUUUUGUUGCCAUCUUCAUUAGACCAUUUUUGAUAUUUAGUCCUUUUAGUUCUCCUAGGACCUAUCUAUAUAGGAAUUGUUUAUACACAUAAGGUUCGAAUCAAAAGCAUUUUAGAUAUUUAAUUCUCAGAGGGGUAUAUAUACCAAGUGAAUAUUUGAGACUCUCAAGCUUUAAUUUCUAUUAUCCCAGUAUGUCGACCUUUUCGUGUACAGUCUCCUUUACCGUGUUAUGGGGGUUCUGAUUGAGGGAACUGGGGUGAUGGAAGGUUUAUAGGCUACUCUGGUUAUAUUAUCCUUACAGUGUAUUCUGCCAUUCAUCCUCUAUUCUCACCCAGCUCCCCCAUACCCACACGGAAUUCUGAGAUACGUUCUGGGGUAUUCCAAUUGGGGGGACAGCGUUAUUCACCGACUAGUAUCAUAAUUACUUUACUAGUUCGGUUUACACUGCUCCCCAGAUACUCCAAAAUAUAUAUAUUUUUUGCAAUUUAUUGCACUUACGACUAAUAUAUCCCCCACCACUUUUGCUUUUUGUAAUCUCUUUGACUGUAUUUACUUCGGACAACUUUAAUAAGCAUUGACAUAUGUGUAUUUAUAAACACAUCGCUAUACUUAAGUUAAUACACAACAGUCUUCAUUCUCAGGGGUUACAUUUUAUCAUCACAGAUACCAUACUCGCUCAUAGGUUAUUAACAAUAAUUCUGUCCCAAGGAUACUGUAUCUAUUUAUUACUUGUAACAUUUCUCUGUUACAAUAAUAUCAAGUAGGAGACAAAUAAUUACUGUCAGCUGGGUACUUUCGAAUAUAUCUAGCUAACUGUGGAUGAGGCAGUAAUUGGAAGCUAUCUAUAAUAAGCCUCUGCUUAUACUUUAAUUCCUAUUAAGCUAUCCAUGACGACGUAUAUCGAUGAUUUUGUGUGAAUUGAUCAAGUGUUGAUCCUUUUUUAUAUAUAAAAUUCUGGUCACUAUACACUUACAUUUUUUUUAUCUUCUUCUUUUUUGUUUUAUCUUAUUUCCCCUAAGAGGGACCAAUAAAGAUUUAUACAUUUUAUAAUUAGUUCACUCUAGGCUCCAUUAUUGGCAACGUUGUUGCAAUAAACUAGCGGAGUAUAUACAUUUAGGGUUUAGGUUCUGACUUUGGGUGUACUAUUCUAGUGCACUCAUCUCAAUUCUCUCUCUAAAUAAGGAAACUUAUACACAUUUCAAUUAAUUUAUCAUUUAAUUUUUACAGAAAUAUUGGUGGUAUAAAGAAUGUUAGUAACUAUAUUUUGUCUGCUGUCUUGCAAAAGUAUUUAAUAUUGAGCUUGUAAUUCCAUUUGUUAUAAAUGCAUGUAUAUGUAACUGUGAAUAUCCUUUCAACCUAUCACAGAUUUUAACAGACGUUGUGUAUCUCUUGCAGCAAUGGCUCUGUCUAUGUCGAAUACGAGGUGAUUGUUGAGGCUGAAUAUAAUGAAAAUGUGUCUGUGACUACACAGUACGAGGAGAUAUUUCAGAAUGUCAGUAAAACCAUGAAGAAUUUUAUAAAUAAUUGCACAAGUAAAUCAACUGCAGGUAAGUAUUUGAUGAGAGUCUAAAUAAAAUGUGCUUUGCUGAACAUGUAGCGUUUGUAUAUGGUUUGACUAGUUUCUAGUGACUGAGGAGCAGGUGCUACUUUGAAGUUGAGAUAUCUAGAAGCUCGAUGUAUGGGUAUAGUAAUGAGACCUAGUUUUGACAGUUUGUUUUUUCUGGCGUUAAUUAGUUCUUGAUUUGACCUUCAGCACAUGAAAAUAGCUGACCUGGUGUAUGUGGAAUGCUAUGGUGGGAAAACCAAUUACAUAACGGUUCCUUUGGGAUCCAGGAAACUACCACUUAAACUACAGAAGUGAUAUGUUCACAAGACAAUAUGAUAAAUAUGACCAACCUAGAAGGAAUAUAGGCCUUAAUUAAUUUAUUUUGGAUAUGCUUUUGAAAUGAUCACAAUCUGUUUUUUUAAAUGUUUUAUCUACAGAAACCUUUUUUAAAUGUUUUAUCUACAGAUUUACCAUUAACAUCUUUGAGGGUUUUGUAGAGAAAUUUGGAAAGAUUGUAAUCAUCCGGAAAGCUUAUCCAAGAGAAUUAAAUUGAAGUGAUAAUCAGCAGUCAGUGAGAGACUAGAGCAAUUUUCUUAGGGAAACUCACAUCUUUUGCACUUUGUGUUUAUGACACAUGAAGUUGUGUCUGGAGAUUUUGCUCUUAGCUAAAAGGAUUUUUCACUAAAGUAAGGAAUUCAAACUGAAUCAUAUAUAUUUUCAGUUUUUUAAACUAUUACAUUUGUUUUCAGUCCUAUCUCAAGAAUUCAUACUUUAUUGAAUAACCUCCUGUUGUAAUAUUUCUCAGUGUUGUGUUGUGUGCUAGGAAUCUCUUCAGUGAUGCGUAUCUUCAUCUUUUUGUUUAAUUUCAUUGUAGCAAAACUGUGUGUUGAUGAAACCAACAUCAGAUUAGAUCCUGUUUCUCCAAAAAGUGAAAAAGGUAUGUUUUUAAACCCAGUAUUCCAGAGUUAUUAUUAUUGAUAGUAGGCAUGAAAGAAAUAAUCUGAAAGUGUAUGUAUUGUCUUUUUGUAGAACUCUGCAAUGAAGCUGUCCAGGCUGGCUUUGCAGAACACUUUGAACCUAUGGUCAUCAAUAGUAGCUUGAUCUGUGUUUCAAGCUGCAGUCCAAAUUCAAAAAGCUAUUUAAAGUGUUAUGAGGGCACCUGCCAAUUAGAAAAGGUCACAGGAGCACAUUGUCUGUGAGUAUGCAUUAUAACUUAUAGAACAAUCCUUUUGUACAUAUGAAUGCAUCCUAAUGAAUUGUUUAUCUAAUGCUGCAAUGGUUCCCGGACUUGGGAUGGUUCUCGGACUUGGGAUUUAACUCAACAGACUGUGCCUAUAAUUGUGUUUCUGUGUUAUGUGUCUGUUUAGUAACUUUGCAUUACUCUAUCUUUGUUUUGCAGUUGUCCAAAAACAGAAACAUACAUAUAUACAUUCCGGGGGUGCCAGGGGAAGAUAUUAAAAGCAGGAUUGUACGGUGGCAUUGGUGCGGGAAUUGGAGUGCUUUUAAUAAUUAUAUUCACUGUUGGUUUCAUUAUGAUUCGAAAGAACCAGAAAAAGUAAGUACUGUAUGUUUAGUUUAUAGCUCAUGUAUGUUGUUUGUUUACAUACCACCUGUACAUUGUGUGUUAUCUCACUUUUACUCUUUGUGAAUUCAGGCAUACAUUAUUCAAAGAUGAUGAAAACUCAUUGUAUGAAGACGAUGACAAUGAUUGGACUGCUCAGCGGGGUAUCAUCAACCUGAGUGAAGACGUAUAUGAAGGUAUUUAAAACAUUCAAUAGCACCAUUAUCCAGAUAUCAAAUUAUGACUUUAUCCUACGGGGGAAAUAUUUCACUUACUCUAGAAUGACUAAAAUUAUGCUUAAUCCCUAUGUGGGUGCUAUUAGAACACAUUAGAGGGACAAACUCACAAUUCCAUCUGUCUAUUUCAUUGUGCCACCAUUCUGGUUGGAGUGACAGACUCAUAUCUCCUUCAAUCUGUGUCAGUGCGCCAUCCUGCAGAGGGAAAAACAGACUUGUUGGUUCUUCUGUCUGUGUCAGUCUGUCAACCUCUGAUUUGUAGCCCCUUAUGUAUGGGUUACUGUAUCACAUUACUGGGAGAGAGACAGACUCAUAGCUCUUGUUCUUGGUGUCACCGUGCUCGCAGAUAGACAGAUACAUAGCUAUUUUAUUGUGCCCCAUGUAGAGUAUAGGAAGAACUUGUAGUAAUUCAUGUACCAUGUUAAAAUUUCUCACUAAUUGUUACUCUUUGUACAGAUUCUCAGCAAAGUUCGUUCUCUGGCACAGAAAGAUUCCAACCAUCCCUUGAGAAUGUAGAUACAACCAUUCAGGUAUGCAAAGAUUUGCUUCAAGUUUGGCAAUACCCUCUUUUCAUCCAUGUUCUUCCCUUUUGUCUUUGUAUACUCCACUUUGUGACCCUUAUUUCUAUUGUCUGCUUUCUUUUGUUUGACAUUUACUUUUGUUAAGCACUAUUUCACUAUAUUGUGCUUCUCCAUCUCUGUUGGAAAGACUGUUACAUUUUUAGAAUUUGUACAGCUCAUUUAUUAAUUGAAACUCUGAACUUUUUUUCAUUUCCUUGUUUAAUUAUUGACGUUCUUUCUUUUUUUAACCUCACAUAAUUUUAAUUUCUUGUGCAGGUGAAAAUACAGAGACCAAAGGUUUUGAAGUAACAAUUUGUCAAUAAGGACAUCGGCUGCCCAUUUCCUUUACUCAUUCAGGCAGGACACAAAUUAGAGAUGACAAUCACCUGACUAACCUAGAUACAUUCUUUAUAAAGACCUUUUCAGGAGAAAUUUAAACAUAACUGUUAUCUACAAUGGAAGAACAAGGCACACAUCAUGCUACAGAACACAGAACUCUUCACCCUGGCCACAGGAGGAUAGACUUACAAGAUUGUCACUUAUAUUAUGAAUUUACGACCUUGCCAAUCUCAGUUUUAUUGUUUGGUGUAUAGUGUUUGUUUUUUUUUUUUUUUUUUACUUACUUUGAAAUUAAUUUCAAGGCUGUUAUGGCACUGUCUGACAAUUAGUUAAAGGACAACUGACAUUUAAAAACUAUUGUAUAAUAUAAUAAUCUUGAGAAAAAUGCGUCCCUACCUUUAGUAUAUGACAGGAUCCUUCAGGUAUACGUCUGAAUGUUUGGGCAAACAUUGUUUCAAUACUGACAGUUAGUCUCUAUGGUCUUCUCUGCUUCUGUGCGGGGAGUGAGGUAGGGAAAAUCAUAGAAACUGUCUAAACAAAGGUGCAUGUAUAUAAUUAAAGGAUCAUGACACAUACUAAAGGUGGGGAUAUUUAUUUCUCUUUUUUUCUACUUAUCAUUCAUUUAAAACUUGAUGAAAAGUGGAUUAUAUUAAAAAUAGUUUUAGGGUGACAGUUGUUCUGUACAAUCAAUGAUUUCCCAUGAGUCCAUGUGUUUGUCUGACAGCUAAAUGCACUUCAAAAAUUAUAAAAAGACAUUAUCCAACAAACAUGCACUCACAAAGAUUCGUGGGAGGAUGGUACAGCAAUAGGCCCGAAGUAAUAUUGAAGUAAGUGAGUUUCUUCUUAUCUGUGCUGCCCAUUUCAAUAAUGUUUACAAGGGGCAAGAUAAAAUAAAAAUGUAACUGUAAAAAAUAUGACAGUGAAUUUUCAAUACGAACAUCUAAAUUACAGAUGCAUAGUGUUACGUUUAAAAAUCCAUUGCAUCUCUAUUUCUUUAAUUUUCUUAUUAAGGUCACCCCCACUCCAAUCCAUUUUAAUUUUCUGGAUGGCAAAUAAAUUGGAGAUAGGAGGGGUCGCUAUUAUGUUUGAGUUUAAAAUGUGGAGAGAGGCUCAAGUUCAUUUCUGAUGUUCCUCAUAAGUUCUAUUUUAAAGAUGAGCUUAUGCAGAUAUUAGAAUAAAUCUUCACAAACCACACGUGAGGCUAAUCAUUAUCUCAAACCCCGUAAGAAGAAAAUCCUAAAAUAUAUUAAAAUGUGCUGGCAUUUCAAAUCUUUACAAACAUAAAUUUGCUCCCCAUUACUACAAUAUUGGAUUUGUAUUUUUCCAUUGUUUAACUCUGUAUUCUCAUCGGCUAAGGCCAAUAGAACAGCAGUGUUAUCUUGAAUCAUGCCUCCUACGUCAUUGUCACUUUAUUACUAUGUAUAAAAGAUUUCUUAAUGUUAUUUAAUAAGUAUAUAAUGUAUAUGACUUAAAUAUAUUUUUAUAUUAAACAUUUUUUUUUUUUAAACUGAUGUUAAGACACUAUACGAGUGUAUUCUGGAACGGCUGCAAAGGCUAUGAAUGUGGUUUUCAGGAGCACAUGGCGCUUAUUGCCCUGAUGAGAUUAUCCAUACCAAAUCACCUUCCCAGAUAGUUUACUCAGUCACAACUCACAUGAAAGAAGAUCUGGCGAUGUUUAUUUGUCGUAUGAUCUGUAGAAUGUGCAGUUACAAAAGGUAAAAGAACGAUUCUUCCAUACAGGUUAGGAGAGAUACAAGUACAUAUGAAUGUACAGCAUAGAAAACACUAGAACACUUGUAACAUCUGUCUGUGCUGUUAUGUUUAAAGCAUUCGUAUGCUAGCAGCCGAAAGCCACUAGCAUUCAUGUAUUUCGUUUCAUGAACAGAGACUUUACCGGCUGUUUGUGAAACGAAUGAGCUACCACCCAGUAGCCCACACACGUUGUUGCAAUCGGUAGUUAAAGGUUUUCCUAGGUGGCCACCGUUCGGCUACCGACCACGCGGCGGUCGGCCAUCCUUUGUUUCACCAGCGGUGUUUGUCGCCAAGCGCGUGGAGCGUAAAUCGGCUACUCGACGGCGCAAACACCGCUGGGCUUUCAGGCCGUUCGGGAGCUCCGGUCUUUUGCUAUUAUUGCUCCCCAUCGGUGUUCGGUAUUUUUAGGCGUACACAAUGUUAAAGUGUUUUUGUGCGGCGUUCGGUUGUUUAGGCUGGAAUCUGAGCAGUAUUCUCACGAAAUGUGCACUCAGACCCCAGCUAUCUACCGAACAUCCAUUCGUCUAAAUGACAGGAAUAUUGGCAAAGUUAUGUAUUUUAAUGUAAAAUGUUGGUUCUGCUGCACGGAGGGAUAAUCCACUUAACGGUAUAUUCCAGUGGGAGUAUCCCUCUCGUCCAGCAGUGCCUGAUGGGAGAAAUGUCCAGAUUGCUAAGUCCCCCAUGUAGUCCCCUACUGUAUAACCCCUGCAAUGUCAGUAGGGAAACCCCUUGCAUGGGGACUUGCAUAAAUACUGUGACCUGUAAAUAAAAACCUGAGUUGACUCCCAGAACUGUGUUUCGUCCGGUUACUGGGGGAUUUGGGAUAUUGCCUUACUUUUCAGCCUUGACUUUGGAUUACCUUCUGUACCAGCGGAGAUCUUGGUAUUUAAUAUUGCAGUUCUGCUACAAUAUAUAUAUAAAGAUAAGUCCAAAUGUCUAAAAGUCCAACUUGAACCUGUAAGUGAAGAAAACAUUGGAAAAUAAUACUGGUGUGUAAACCAUAAAUACAAGAUACCUGCAAAACAGAGAAGGUAUGCAGUAAAUUAAGAACCAAAUGUGAAGUCCAAUAACGGAUGGAUAAAGUCCUGUAGUCUACAGUUUAUAGCUGUGGAGCUUCAAAAGUGGCAUAGUUAACAGUUAUAGUGGCAUUCUCCCCACCAUAGUACCGUAUGGUCUGGUACUCUUGCAUAAGUCACUCGCUUGGGAGAAGAAGUACCAAUUCUGUGAUUGGUUGUGAGAAAGUCCGUGUGGAACCUCCUUUGGUUAUCUUAAUCUCAACCUUCCAAACCUUUCCAUCAUCGCUGGGCAUUACGCUUGUUACGAGACCCAUAGGCCACUCAUUGCGACAGACUUCUCUAUCUUUCAGAAGAACAAGGUCGCCUACUUUAAGGUUGGGCUUGAGUGUUUGCCAUUUGGAACGGCUUUGAAGGAUAUGCAGGUACUCCUUUCUCCAGCGGUGCCAAAACACGUUGGCUACGUGUUGCACCUGUUUCCAUUGACGCCUGUAGAUAUCCUUCAGGUCGAUCUCAGCAGGAGAUAUCACUGUAGUCCCAACCUUCUGAGUAAGGAGUGUGGCUGGGGUAAGAAUCACUGGAGAAUCAGGAUCAGAAGAUACUGGUACUAGAGGCCUUGCAUUAAUGAUGGCGGAUACUUCCGAGAGAAAGGUACUCAAAGUCUCAUGAGUCAAUAGUGAAGACUUGCAGUCUUGUAACAUGGAAUCGAGAAUUCUUCGAGCGAUACAAUCAUUCACUCCCAGGAUCCUCCCAUAUGUGAAGAAUGUGGUGGAUUAAACAGCCAAGUACAUCCAUUGUUUGCUAAGAAAUUGUCUAGUUGAAGUUCUUUACAGGCUCCAACGAAGUUGGUACCACAGUCGGAUCAUAGCUGCUUGACAGGUCCUCGGAUGGAGAAGAAUCUUCGCAAAGCGUUGAUGAAACAAGAAGAAUCCAUUGACUCAAUCACUUCAAUAUGUACUUCUGUAAAUUGUCUACCUUGGUGUUGUAUUAGUUCAUGAUGGUGCCGGAUUAGAAGAGUGGCGAUGUGGUGCUGACCUGGUCUGAUGAUAGAGUUUUGUUCCUUGCUGCACAGGUCAGAUUUCUCUAUUCGACCUCCAACUCGCAGCAACUGAUUGUCAUCGACCACAGGGUUUAGAUUAAAUAGUGAACUAUCCUUUGAUAAAGGUAUUCCACCUUUGAAUCUGUGGACUUCUUCCAUGUACACUUCUUGUUGUACACAGCGAAUGAUAACCUUUUCAGGACACUCAUUUUCCAUUGCGGUAGGAUGGUUGGUACAGAUAUGCCAACCAUGACACUCUGAUGUUGAGCUCCUUUUAAAACAAUGGGCAACAUGAAUCAAAUAAGCAACAGCCCUAACAGCUGAUGACCAGGUUGAGAAACAUUCAAAACAAUGUGACUUGAGUUUUGGUUCUGGACUCGUAGAGGUAUGCAGUGUGGUGUUCAUAGACCUGAUUUCUUUAUCAUCAUCAGGAUAUACCAGUUCGUAGGUAACGUCAGUGGAAAUUGAGUAGGAGUUUUCAUGAAGAAAUCUUGGAGGCGACAGCCACAAGCAGCCAUGGAGAGCUGCUGGGGAUAUAGCUUUUGUCCCAUAAUCAGCAGGAUUAAGGUCAGUGGGAAUAUAAUGCCAUUGCUUUGGUAGAGAGAACCUUUUAAUGGCUUGAUGUAGAUUGUUCGGUAGCUUUUGGAGGUGAAAGGGUAGGGGUACCACCCAAUUAUUGGAAUCUUCCUGAAAGAACUCGUUGUCCAUUACUUUAAGGAAUUCUUUGCCUUCUACUGAAGGAGCUAACAUGUUGUCUUCGCUGCUUGCAUUGAAAACUGUAGAGCCAAAACUGUCAUCGUAUGUGUGGGAAAGGUUUGUGUUGCCGUGUUGCAACUUGCAGCUAGUUACCUUCUCCUUUACCCAAUAGUGAUGUGGGCAUGGCUCAAAGUGAGUAUUAUGACCAUUUGGCAAUACAUUUGUCUUGAAUGAAGAAAUGUUAGUAGGCCUUUUCAUUUUGUCUAUACAGACAUUACCUAUGAUGACCCAGCCUAAGUCCAGGUACUGGGCAAAUGGAGCAUCUGAGGGUCCGCUGACCUGCCUGUGCAUCUUGUGGACCCUUAGAAUAUCUCUUCCCAGUAGAAGAAGGAUUUUAGCAUCUUUUUCAAGUGAUGAGAUUUCACUUGCUACUGACUUUAGUUGAGGGUGGUAGAAGGCAACUUCUGGUGUAGGUAUUUCUUCUUUGUUGGCUGGUAUCUACCCUCUACAAGUGUAGGUAAGGGUAAAUGUAAGUUAUCUCCUAGGGAGGACACAAUAAGUUCAUGGGCCCUUCUUCCAAACGCCUCUGUAGUGCCAGUACAAGUGCCUAAGGUGUAAGGUUAAACUUCUACUCUUAUGCAAAGUAGAUCAAACAGUUCGGAUCGAGCAAGUGAUCAAUUGCUUUGAUCAUCUAAGAUAGCAUACACCUUUAAAGUCUUUUCUGGUUGAUCCUUGUGGUGGGCAUUCACUAGGCAUAUUUUAGCACAAGACUUGUCACAGUGGUCUUCCCCACAGACUUCAGUGCAUGAGGAAAAUAUCACGGUGGAAUUAGGCACCUGAUCUGUACUCUUCCCGUUGUGAUUUGGCCUGGGAGAAAGGUUUGCAGAUUGUGAAGGGUUGGCUUUGAGUGGAUGGAGAGCUUGUACAUGGUCCUCGGAACCGCACUCUAUGCACUUGAUAGGGGUUUUACAUUCCUUGGCAAAGUGAUCAGUGGAAGCACAGCACCUAUAACAUACCCCAAAGGUCUUUAGGAGUUCCUUUCGUUCUUGUAGGGGCUUCUUCCUAAAGCCGAUACAUUUUUUGAGGGGAUGUGGCUUUUUGUGGAAAGGACAUGAUCGGUUUGGGUUUUUGAUCUUGCCGCUCUUGUUUGAGGCGGGAGCUGAGGUGGGAGCGGGAAUAAUGUCUGUCUUCUUAACAGACACGGGACCUCUACGGUUCCUGUAGCUGAUAUGCAGGUUGUCACCUUUCAAAUGCAAAACUAGGAUCGUUCUUGGUGUCAAUGUUCCUGACAAAUUCACAGUAGUAGGAGAAAGGGGGAAAUGAAACCUUGUUUUCCCAUUUGUAUUUUGACCCAAUUUGGAUCCACUUUUCUCGUAGGCCAUACGGAAGCUUGUAAAUGAUAGGGUUAACUCCUCAAGCAGUGUCCAGGUAACUGAGGCCCGGUAGUUUAGGGUCGGUUUUGGCAAGCUGGACUUCGAGAAGAAGGUCACUGAGUCUCUGGAACUCUUUAAUGCCCUUACCGGAUAUCGUUGGGAAAUUUUCCAAUCGUUUUAGCAAUGCAUUCUCUAUGGCUUCAGGACCACCAUAACUCUGUUCUAGACAUUCCCAUGCAGCGAUGAGACCUGCAGUUGGAUUGUCGAUGUAGACUGACCUGAGGCUCUUGACACGUUCUGUAGAUUGUGGGCCAAGCCACCUGAUCAGCAGAUCCAGCUCCUCAGCAGCAGUAACAUCGAGAUCACCUAUAGCAGUUUUGAAGGCAGCUUUCCAGCUUCUGUAAUUUUCAGGAUGGUCAUCAAAACUUAUUAAGCCUGACUUGGUAAGCUCACGUCGAAGUAUAUACUUUAUGAACUCUGCUGUGUCAGUUGCCUCUGACUUUUCAUAGGAGGUGGCUGAUUGAAUGUUGCGGGUUGCGUUGUUUAUGGUAUUGUUGUAAAAAGACAUGGGAAGAUAUGGUGCAGCAAGGGCGUUCAGCUGAGUUGUUAGGUUAAAGUCUGGAACAGUACUAUUAGCAGGAGGUUGGUGACUCGCUUGCAGAUUGGUGUGCCAUUCUGUGACGUGCAGAAUCAGCCUGACAGUCGGGUGAUGCACAGGGGUGGUUUUGCAUGUAGGAAGUUGCUGGAACAGCUUUUGCCUGGUGGUGUGGUGAAGUCCUUGCGUUGUCGUGAAGAAUGGAGGCAAUUGAGUGUUCGCUGCUGUGGUUUAGAACAUAGUUCUUAGUGCGUUUGAAAGGAUCUUCGUUAUCUGCCGUGAUGCUGACCCUUUCACUAGCAUUUUCAUCUGCACUGAGAGCUUGUUCCAAAAUCUUUAGUUUCGCUUCAGCUGCCUCGUAGUUGCUCUGUUCCUUUAAAGCUUCAAUUGCUGCCCUUUGACAUGCUGUCUGAGCUUCCAUUGCUGCCCUUUGACAUGCUACUUUAGAUGCUGCCUCAGCUUCUAUUGCUGUAGCUUUGGCUUACAUUGCUGCAGCUUCAGCCUCCAUGUCUGCUCUCUUUUUAGCAUAUGCAGCCUGUACUUUGCUAGCCUCUGCUUCGGCACGGGCAUUUAUAAGCUGUUCACUAAGGGUUGAGUGCCUUGAACUUCUGGAUGUAGAGGAACUUUUAGAAUGUCUGGUGGAUACGGAUCUGUGAGAUACAGUGUCCUGUGGCUGCGUUAAUUUUGCUUCUGCCUUUGCUUUAGUUAGCAGGAUAAAGCUUUCUCUUUCCACAUUAAGAAGCUGGACAUUGUUAAGUUGCUCUAAUGAUUCCUCAGUGUUAAUGUUUUGAAGAAUAGUUUUAUAUUUAUUGCUUGUAGUCUGGUACAGUUCAUAUGAAGCAGAGAGAUGCUUUAUGGCGCCCUCUAGUUGCAGUACCUUAUGGCUGGGACAUGAAAUCACAUCAACGUGGGUGAGGAUUUUAUCCUAAAUCUGCUUCAAACUGGUUGAUAAUUCAGUUCUUAUGGAUUCAUAGUUCUCUUUAACCUUCCAAGUGGGUUUCACAGAGCGUUUAGCCAAUGCACUGGGCCCUGGGUCCUCAUCCUGGCUUUGUUUCAUCACAUACUGAACCUUUUCCACUCAUGAUGGCCUGAAGUACACAGGCUUGACUGUAGCAGUGAAGUGUGUCUGUAUGCUGUGUGGGGCUGUAACAAGCUGUGCUGGGGUUGUAUGCAGACGUCUCAUACAAUACAUACAGUUACACUUCACUGUGAUCUGUCCUGUGACACAGCAAUCUCUGUACAAGCUGCUGGAUUCGUUCAAUUACUAUUCUGGAAUGGCUGCAAAGGCUAUGAAUGUGUUUUUCAGGAGCACAUGGCGCUCAUUGCCCUGAAGAGAUUAUCCAUACAAAUCACCUUCCCAGAUAGUUUACUCAGUCACAACUCACAUGAAAGAAGAUCAUACGAACUGGUUGUUGUUUCUAUUUGGUAUGGUAUAUCCUCUUCACCUGUACCACUGGUAAUUUAUCAUAUAUUUCUGGAAUUUCUGUUAAAAAUUACAGGAGUUUCCCAUUCCGUUUCUCUGAUUAUAUUUUAUCAGGUUUCCAAGGAAACCAGAACAUUGCAUCUCAUGCUUCCUCUUUAAUACCUUUUUAUAAGCAAGCUAAUUGAAAACCAACCAGCUCAACUAUUUUGCAACUAAUCUUCCGACUACUUGUAACUGAAUCCUCUCUAUACUUUGUAUGCUGAACCUGUCCUUUAACCCAGAAGACCUCCCCAGCGGCCGCCAGAAGACCUCCCCAGCGGCCGACAGGAGAUGUCCCCCAGAUGCCCCCAGAAGACCUCCCCAGCGGUAAAAGUCCCCCAGUGGCCCCCAGAAGACCUCCCCCUGGCAGGUAUAAGUAAUGUGUCUGUCUGUCUGUAUGGUGUGUGUGUGUGUGUGUCUGUAUGGUGUGUGUGUGUCUGUCUGUCUGUGUCAUGGUGUCUGUAUGGUGUGUGUGUGUGUGUGUGUCUGUCUGUCUGUGUCAUGGUGUCUGUCUGUAUGGUGUGUGUAUGUGUCUGUCUGUCUGUGUCAUGGUGUCUGUCUGUAUGGUGUGUGUGUGUGUGUGUCUGUCUGUGUCAUGGUGUCUGUCUGUCUGUAUGGUGUGUGUGUGUGUGUCUGUCUGUCUGUGUCAUGGUGUCUGUCUGUAUGUAUGGUGUGUGUGUGUCUGUCUGUCUGUGUCAUGGUGUCUGUCUGUCUGUAUGGUAUGUGUGUGUCUGUCUGUGUCAUGGUGUCUGUCUGUAUGGUGUGUGUGUGUGUGUGUGUGUGCCUGUCUGUCCGUCAUGGGGUGUGUGUCUGUCUGUCCGUCAUGGGGUGUGUGUGUCUGUCUGUCCGUCAUGGGGUGUGUGUGUCUGUCUGUCCGUCAUGGGGUGUGUGUGUGUGUCUGUCUGUCCGUCAUGGGGUGUGUGUGUGUGUCUGUCUGUCCGUCAUGGGGUGUGUGUGUGCGUCUGUCUGUCCGUCAUGGGGUGUGUGUGUGUGUCUGUCAUUCGCGGGUGUGUGUGUCUGUUCAUUUGUCCGGCCAUGGGGUGUAAAAUUGUCUGUCCUGGGCUUUCAUGGGGUGUGUGUGUGUGUGUUCGUUCGUCAGCGGUGUGUGUGUGUCUAUUCGUCCGGCCAUGGUGUGUGUCUGUCUGUGUCAUGGUGUGCGUCUGUCUGUGUCAUGGUGUCUGGGUCUGUAUGUGGUGUGUGUGUGUGUGUGUGUCUGUCUGUCCAUCAUGGGGUGUGUGUGUGUGUCUGUCUGUCAUUCAUGGGGUGUGUGUGUGUGUGUGUCUGUCCGUCAUGGGGUGGGUGUGUCUGUCUGUCCAUCAUGGGGUGUGUGUGUUUGUGUGUCUGUCUGUCAUGGGGUGUGUGUGUGUAUGUCUGUCAUUCAUGGGGUGUGUGUGUGUGUGUCUGUCUGUCAUGGGGUAUGUGUGUUUGUCUGUCUGUCCGUCAUGGGGUGUGUGUGUCUGUCUGUCCGUCAUGGGGUGUGUGUGUGUGUGUGUCUGUCUGUCAUGGUGUGUGUGUGUGUGUGUGUGUCUAUCUGUCCAUCAUGGUGUAUGUCUGUCUGUGUCAUGGUGUGUGUCUGUCUGUGUCAUGGUGUCUGUCUGUAUGGUUUGUGUGUGUGUGUCUGUCUGUGUCAUGGUGUCUGUCUGUAUGGUGUGUGUCUGUCUGUCUGUCUGUCAUGGGGUGUGUGUGUGUCUGUGUGGUCCGUCAUGGGUGUGUGUGUGUCCGUUGUGUGUUUGUGUGUCUGUCUGUCCGUCAUGGGGUGUGUGUGUGUGUGUCUGUCUGUCAUUCAUGGGGUGUGUGUGUGUGUGUCUGUCUGUCAUGGGGUGUGUGUGUCUGUCUGUCUGUCCGUCAUGGGGUGUGUGUGUGUCUGUCUGUCAUGGUGUGUGUGUGUGUCUAUCUGUCCGUCAUGGUGUGUGUCUGUAAGUGUCAUGGUGUGUUUCUGUCUGUGUCAUGGUCUGUCAUGGUGUGUGUGUGUCUGUCAUGGGGUGUGUAUCUGUCAUGGUAUAUGUGUGUUUCUGUGUCUGUCAUGGUGUAAAUGUGUGUUUAAAAAUAGUGUUUUUGCUCACCUUUUUUUUUCCCCACGCAGCGUGCUGGUCUCCCUCGACUGGCCCUGCCUCUAUAGCUGAGAUCAUCAAGCUUAAUGAUCUCAGCCAAUCCAAUGCUUUGCCAUAGGAUUGGCUGCAAAACGCCACUCCAAUUAGCAUCUCCUCAUAGAGAUGCAUUGAAUCAAUGUAUCUCUAUGGGGACCGUUCAGCACCUACAGAGUGUGGAGGCCAUGAAUGUAGGUGCACUAACACAGGAAGCACCUCUAGUGACCAUCUGAGUUACUGUCACUAGCAGUGUCACUUUGAAGCAAUGUAAACACUGCCUUUUGUCUGAAAAGUCAGUGUUUACGUUGAAAAGCCUGUAGGGACAUGCUAUAGACACCAGUACCACCACAUUAAGCUGUGUGUGUGCGUCUGCUAGUGAGUGAGCUUGUGUUUUUAUGUCAGUAGAAAGAGGGAAGUGCUCAUGCCAUUAUACAGAACACUGGUGAGACCUCACUUGGAGUAUUGUACACAGUACUGGAGACCGUAUCUUCAGAAGGAUAUUGAUACCUUAGAGAGGGUUCAGAGAAGGGCUACUAAACUGGUUCAUGGAUUGCGGGAUAAAACUUACCAGGAAAGGUUAAAGGAUCUUAACAUGUAUAGCUUGGAGGAAAGACGAGACAGGGAGGAUAUGAUAGAAACAUUUAAAUAUAUAAAGGGAAUCAACACAGUAAAGGAGGAGACUAUAUUUAAAAGAAGAAAAACUACCACAACAAGAGGACAUAGUCUUAAAUUAGAGGGACAAAAGGUUUAAAAAUAAUAUCAGGAAGUAUUACUUUACUGAGAGGGUAGUGGAUGCAUGGAAUAGCCUUCCAGCUGAAGUGGUAGAGGUUAACACAGUAAAGGAGUUUAAGCAUGCAUGGGAUAGGCAUAAGGCUAUCCUAACUAUAAGAUAAGGCUAGGGACUAAUGAAAGUUUUUAGAAAAUUGGGCAGACUAGAUGCGCCGAAUGGUUCUUAUCUGCCGUCACAUUCUAUGUUUCUAUGUUUCUAUGUUUCUAUGUCAAUGAGCUGUUGUAUAUCAGUAAGAUUGUUUGUCUACGAGGCUGUGUAUCAAUGAGCUUGUAUGUGUCACUGAAAUGUCAGUGAAAUUGCCUGUGUCUGCAUGUGAGUAUGCUUACUGUAUAAUUAAACGUUUUACCCUGAAAGGACCAAUAUUUUAUAUUAGAAAAAGCAAGACAUCAUCUGUCCUGGCAAGACAUAGCCUUACAUAUUACAUGCGACAAUAUAUGGCGCAGUGACUUAUGGGGCUGGCACAAAUUUUUUUUCCAGGGCUGCUUUGUAUCCCCAGUCCGGCCCUGGUACCCAUGCUGUGCAAUUAUAUGUUUCUGGAAUAGCCGUCAGGAUCUUUCCCUGUCCUUAGUAUGUUGCCAUAUUAUGUUAAUCUCUUUAUUCCGCACAUACUCAUUACAUGUUUCUAGCUAUGUUUGUGCGUUUGAAUGUAAGCAUGUUUUUGUAUGUGUGUGCAUGUAGGGGUGUAUUUGUAUGUACUGUUGCCAUUAGAAUGCAGUGGUGUACAUGUGUCUAGUUUUUGUGUUUUAAUGCAGGGGUGUUUUUGUACUUAAUGUUGACUUUCAAAUGCAGAUGUUCUUUUCUGUGUAGUGUUGGUGUUUUCAUAGAAUAUUAGCGUUUUAACAGAGGGAUGUGUUUGUAUGUAAUGUUAGCAUUUAAGUGCAUUGGUGUGUUUGAAUGUAGUGUUGGCUUUUAAAUGGAUGUGGAUGUACAAUUGUGUGUAGUAUUUGUGUUUAAAUGGAUGUGAAUGUACAAUUGUUUGUAGUAUUGGUGUUUGAGUGAGGGGUGUGUUUGUAUUUAAACAAACACACCCCUCAGUGGUCUUAAAGAGCCCUGGCACCGACCAGACCCUUGUUCAGAGAUACCCAUCAGGUGGUGCUAAGGGCAUGAGCCACCCGAUUGGCCAUUCCAAUGUGUGGUAUCCAUAUUACCACCACUGUUUCUAUCCUCUCCAGCUCCUCAUCCGGAUUGACAGGAACCCCCGAAUGACCACAUGCCUCUGUGCACUGGAGCACAGAGCCCCAUCACCCAAUCAUUGUCCAAUAUCCAGAGGGGACUCUUCAACAUCUGGAAGGCCCAUAAAAAGGCAACAAUAGUUUGACACAAUCAUUGGUGGUACUCCCGAUACUGGACCCUCCUUAACGCUCUCGGGCACAUUAUAAAACCUAGAGUCACCACAGUAGAUGUAACCUUCGGGGAAUCUGCCUCUGACAACGACACUUACAAAAGAUCUGAAGUUUUUUUAGAGACAACAAAUGGAGGUACAGUUACAUGGAGCCGAGUCAGUGGCGCCGAAGGCGGAAAACGAAAAGGGGGCACAAGGGAAAAGCAACCUUUGGGCAAACGAUCACUACACAAGUAGUUCCAAUAUUUAAUUUGUCUCACAGGUCCCUAACCAAUGAAGAAGUAUACCUGUUGAGUAAGGGAUUAUCCUACAUACCGACGACACGACCAAACCAAUUUAAAUGGGAUAUUGAAUUGUUUAAGUUUGGCAGGAGUAUGAGGUUAAAAUAAUACUUCAGCAAUCCCUCGACUAACACAAGAGAAACAAUAGAUGUGUCAAGAGAGAAGUUUGCACCAAGGUCUACGUUUGAUCCCCGAUCACACAAACUGUCUAUUAAGACAUUCAUAACUCUUACUCAAAGUGAGGCCAAAAACAUUAUGGCCCAGAACAUUAAGGAAUGUCAAAACAUAACUAAAGCACAGAGACGCAUUAUUAAGGAUUUGUCAGAAGACUCGUCCAUAGUAAUACGUUCAGUGGACAAGGGAGGAGGUAUAGUGAUUCUCGAUUAUACAUAUUACUCUCAAGAAUUAAAACAACAACUAUCCGACAACCACACAUAUCGUCUUCUUCAACAGGAUCCCACCAAAGAUAUACAGAAUAAAAUUGAGGAUGUACUUACAAUGGGUCUCAAUAUGGGAUACAUUAAUCUGAAGUUAUACUAAUACCUCAUCAAGGAACAUCCACACACUCCAGUUAUAUAUACAAUACCUAAAGUACACAAGAAUCCAGUGCACCCUCCGGGACGUCCGAUAGUAUCAGCUAUAGGGGGAGUGUUGGAGCCUAUAGCAAAGUGGCUAGACCAUCUAUUUCAGGCUCCAAUAGCAGAGUUCCAAACGUGUAUUAAAGAUACACACUCAUCGAUAACAAUGAUAACACAACUUACAAAGAUAGAUAUCAACAAACAGAGACCUAUAUUCAUUACGAUGGAUGUAGCAAGCCUGUAUACAGUCAUGCCCCAUGAAGAGGAGGUAGAAGCAAUGAGAUAUAUGUUAACUCAUUCAAAGAAGUACCAGGGUCCACCUAUCGAAUUUGUUUUGGAGCUUUUAAUGCUGACCCUACAAAAUAAUUACUUCAGAUUCGAAGAACAAUGGUAUUUACAGGUAGCCGGCACUUCAAUGGGUGCAGCAAUGGCACCAAUGUAUGCCAAUGCAUACAUGUAUGUGUACGAAAAACAUUAUAUAUUGGAGCAACAUUGAUGAUUUGUUAAUCAUAUGGAAGGGGACGCAGGAAGAAGCAGAAUGUACGAUUACAAAACUAAAUCAACUACCUACACCCAUCAGAAUGACGGCUAAUGUACACCAAAGCCAAGUCCACUUUCUCGACCUCCUAAUAACAGUUGAAGAUUCGAAAAUACAAUAUAGCAUGUAUUCUAAACCUACAGACUGCAACACCUUGUUGCACUACCAAAGUGCCCAUCCCAGAGUUCUAAAAGAUUCCCUCCCAAAAGCACAGUGUCAUUAGAAAAAAUUCCAAGGAUGAGUCAUUAGAAAAAAUUCCAAGGAUGAGAAUAGAGAAGUACAACUACAAGAAAUGACCACAAAGUUCUUAGAGAGAAGCUAUAAGAAAGAUGUCCUACAGAAAGCACCCAAAGAAGCAAGGAGUGUCAGCUUUCAUAGUGAAAAAGUAAGCCCAUUAAGACUAGUGUUUCCCAUGGAAUUUCACCAGAAGAGUCCACAAAUAGCCAACUUAAUAUGAAGGAAUUGGCGGAUGAUUUCGAGUGACAACACACUACCAAAAGUAUUCAAAGAAAAACCUAUUUUUUGCUUUCGAAAGAUCUACUCGUCCACACAGAUCCUAUUAAAAGCUAUACACAAGCCAAGAGCAUCCAGAAUCGAGGUUCAGUACGUUGCUUGGGCUGCGUUACAUGCAGCCAUAUGUUACCAGCACGUACUAUUAACCACCCUCAUACUAAUUAAAGAUAUGAGAUUAAACAUACAAUUACCUGUAAGACAACCCACAUUAUCUAUAAGUUGACCUGUCCCUGUGGUCUCUCCUAUAUUGGAAAAACUGAGACAGCCCUAUGUGAACGGAUAAGAGGACAUUAGUCUAGUAUAAGAUUAGCUUACAGAGACGGUAAAUCAGACAAACCUGUGGCGAAACAUUUUUUACAAGAAAACCAUCUUCUGUCAACAUUGAAAUUUACAGGAAUUGAGCAUAUACCAUUGCCAGCGAGGGGAGGUGACCGAGGCAAGAUGUUGUUAAACCGUGAGGCAUAUUGGAUUUACGAACUGGGCACUUUAUUUUCUAAAGGACUUAAUGAAACAAUUCCAUUUUAUUCAUUUUUAUAAAAUUUGGGCAAAAGGCGCUUUUUUCAUAUUCCUGCUAGUGAUUUAAUAAUUUUUUAUAUAUAUUUUUUAAUAUAUUUAUGAUUAUUAUUAUAAUUAUACCACCCUGUCAUAUUGGAAUGUAUUAUUUAGCUUUAGUGCUUUACACACUGUAAUUGGAGUUUACGCUAUGCUGUUGUGAUAGUAAGGAUAGCUAUAACAGCUUUAUAAUUUUUUAAUCCAACUCAACACUAUAUGACAGGGUGUUAACGUGUAUAUUAUAUUUACGGAAUAUCAUUGUAUUAUACAGUUAAUACUAACUAUGUCUUUUUAAUUGUAUAUUUUCUCUAUAGGAACAUAUAAAAUUAGUAUCAAUUCAGCACUUGUCACUUUGUACACACAUUUGAAGUUUUACAGCACUAUCAUGGCACUUUAUAUUACACACUUUUUAGUCACGAUUGGUACUAUAAGCACGCUAUGCACCUAACCUAAAAAUCAGUGUCACUUUAAAUUUCUGCAAUAGUCACUUUAAAUAUAUUGGCGAGAUUCACUUUAUAACCUGGCUAGAGUCACUUUAAUUCGGUAAUCUAAUGAUUAUACUGCUAUAUAAACCAACUACUUCUUUCAUCUAUUUCUAGUCACUUAUAUUUAUAAGUAUUGAAUGAUCACAGUUCUCUAACCACACGAUUAUUAUCUUGGCAGUUUCCAUGAGCACAAGUUGUUUGUAUGACAACAUUGCUGUGGAGACGAGCCCAUCAUCAUCACACCAAUACGGCAUGACGUCACAUAUUUGGAUACACUGGAGCCCUAGCUAGCACCCGGCAAUUUAUCAAGUUAUAGCUUGAGUGCAGGGACACAAUAUAUAUAUAUUUUUUAUAUAUAUAUAUAUAUAUAUAUAUAUAUAUAUAUAUAUAAAUACUCAUUAACACAUACUGUAUAUAAACACAUUUGCAUAUGCACUGACAAAUGCACACACAUAGAUAGACAGAUGCACACACUGACACACAGAUACACACUGACAGACAGAUACACACUGGCACAAAGAUACACACACAGACAAACACAGUGACACAAAGAUACACACACUGAUAAUUUUUAUAUUUACAGCCACCCUCCAGUUAGCUUACCUUUUGACUGUAGGAGGGUGGCUUGCUUGAGGUGCUGCUGCCUAAGGCUGAUGUGUGGGCAGCAACUCACCCUUGUCUAUCCCAUGUUUCCUGUACCUCCUGUCCCUCCCCUGUGGUGCACUCUCUUUAUAGCUGGGUGGAUGUGAUCUGCUGUCACUUCCCCCCAGCCUGCCAGUACAGCAGGGGCCCUAGAUGAGCUAAAGAGCCCUGGCACCCGACCAGACCCUUGUUCAGAAAUACCCAUCAGGUGGUGCUAAGUGCAUGGGCCACUCAAUUGGCCAUUCCAAUGUGUGGUACCCAUAGUACCACCACUGUUUCUAUCCUCUCCAGCUCCUCAUCCGGAUUGACAGAAACCCCCGAAUGACCACACAAUCACUGUCCAAUCUCCAGAGGGGACUCUUCAACAUCUGGAAGGCCCAUGAAAAGGCAGCAAUAGUUUGACACAAUCAUUGGUGGUACUCCCGGUACUGGACCCUCCUUAACGCUCUCGGACACCAGUGCAGCCACAACGGCUGCACAGGUGGUAGUUCCGCCACUGGUCCUGUUUACCUACUCUUGACUUUGCUAACCUCAUAAUGCAGCUCCUGUUGCUCAAUCUUGGCAGUCGCAUAAUCCUGAUGCUGUCACAUGAAUAAAUACCCUGGAGGCUUAUGGAGGCAGGUACAAUGCAUGGAUUAUAUCAACAAGAAUGUAAAGGGGCUAUCUCUUGAAGAGAUCCAGGGAUUUGCAUGCACACCUCUAGCACACCUCGGGCAAUGCCUCCUCUUGAAAGGACUGGAGAUGAGGCACACAUGACUGAGUAAAACUCUAGUCUAUCAUUGGAACCUAAGCUGCUUCUAAGCCCCCAUCCCAAUGAAAAAAUAAGGUUAAACAGCCUAACAGCCUAAUAACCAAACUGAAAAUUUCCAUGCUCGCUUGUGUCUGUUCUACUGAGAUUCUGCCAAACUGGGAUUUAAAAAAAAGUUUCUUCUGAUCACCCAAUUGGUCCAAAUUGAGUAAAACUGCAUUUUGGUCUUAAAUUAAUCUUCUAGUCUAUUGUUGAGCAGUUAUCUCCAUAUUUAAAAAUAUGUAUUGUACAAAUAAAAAGACUAACCAUAAAGAAGCAAAAGCAGAUCAAGUUAUAAUUAAUUUACUAUUAACAAUUUUUUUGUACCAUUCCAUUUAAAACUAACCAACUCUAGGCCCUCUUACACCUCUUCUCUGAUUCAUAGGUAUGUCCUCUCUCAGUCUCUCCGCUCUACUGGUGACCUUCUCCUGUCUGCUGCUCAUGCCUGCAAGACUACUCACGGGCGGCUCCUAUCCUUUGGAACAGCCUGCCUACGUCAGACUCUCCCCUAGUCUUCAAUCAUUUAAGAAGUCCCUCAAAACCCACCUUUUCAGUAUUGCUUAUGGUCUCCAUUAGUAACUUCUAUCUCUCAAACCAUCCUCUUGCUCUCUCCUAAAGGGCCACACUCCACUCUCACCUCCAGUUCUGCUACUUUCCCACCAUGUCUGUUUGCUGUCUCCCUCAAUACCCUUCCUAUUGUGUUUUUAUACCCCACCUCCUCUAGACUGUAAGCUCGUUUGAGCAAGGUCCUCAAGUACCUACUGUUCCUGUUACAUUUUGUUAUUGUCUCAUUUGGUUAAUCCCCUCUUAUUGUAAAGUGCUGUGGAAUAAGCUGGCGCUAUAUAAAUACUAAUAAUAAUAGUUUUCUAGUUAAUAGUGUAAGAGAGUGAAGAUCCACGAGAUUUCAUGAUGGCAAAGUAUACUAUAUAUGUCACCCCACCAACACAAUGACCUUUUAAAUUACCUGAAAUCCAAAUUGUUUUAAGAAUCUACAAAUGUGCCCAACAGUUUUUUGUUUUUUUUUAUCCUUGUCUUCCAACUUCAAUGUCUUUUCUGUUCUCGCCAUCUAUUGGGGAACCACAGGUACUGUAACUAAAGGGUAAAACACAUUUGCGUAUAUUGAUAGCACACACCUUUUUAUACAGCACACAGCUAAUUAACAUGCAAUAGAACCUACAACUCAAAUACAGUUCCUCAUCUGGUCUGCUUAUUAAAUACACUCAGAAACAGUAACUGGAGAUAAUACAAUUAGCCUCCUGGCACAUGAUCAACAAAUCCCUUUGAUUAGCUUGUCUGGGGAAUAAAAAAUGAUAUAUGGGGUUGCUGGAAACCUACCCAGUGAUGAGUUAAAGGCAUUUGAAUGGUUUACCCCUGGGCAGAAAAUACAUAAUUCCAGGGGUUUCCUGUGGAGCUCCUCCUCAAGUAAGGUAUCAUUUGAAAGAACCUAAACACCACUGGUAAAUGUCCAAAUUAUGCCAUUAUGUAGGGGGUACGAGCUACACCUGGUGCAAAUGUUAAACUUCCAGCCAAAAGCUCUUAUCCACUCGUCAGCGCCACAGAGUUUUGAGCUUUGUUCAGGUUGGGCCCAUGGAGCCCUUAGUUGUGAAAGAUUGGUCUGGGCAGGCCAGCCUGGGUUUCUUGGUCACACUGUCUGUCCCCAAUAAGCACAGGGUGACUUAGAUAUAAGAGGGGAAUGGGAAGCUUAUAAAUGGAGUUCCCAUACUCAAACUUGCAUAUGUCCUCAUUCACAGGUGGUUACUGUGACAUCCACACGUUCCAACAGUAAAAUUCGAGCCCCAUGUCUCGAGACCAGGAUAGGUCCUGAUAUACACUGAUUAUAUAGUCACGGUCACCUCACUAUUCUCCACCAAUUGUGCUACAAAUGGAAGUUGUCAUAGAGAAAAGAAUUACUAAAAGCAAGUAGAGUCUUUUGGACUUUGUAUUAAUCUGGCUGGUCCAAUAGAAAUCCCCCCCUGUUCCUACACUCAGUGCAUCAAUUCUCACACAUGUACCGAUAUCAAUCUUAAUUAUCAAACACUGUUUAAUUUGACAGAUUUACAGAAUUGAAACAUCUUUAGAAUGAGAAAAAAAAAAAUUUCACUCAACUGAGCUGAAUAUUUCCUUAUUAUCAUGGCAAUUUCAGUCUGAAGUUCAAAAGUUACUGUCAUUCCCCCAAUGUAUUACUGUUUAGGGAUUAGACGUCAGCAUAUCUAUGACUUCCUGAUGAUGAUGAUCGGUCUGCAUUGGGUUAUUACCUGUCAAUGAUCUGUGUAAAGAAAUGUCAUCUGUUUUUUACAGUAACUUCUUAUUUACGACAAUGCCAUCUAUAAUUAGCGUGAUUUGACGUACAAGUUUACAUUUUUAUUGUGAAAAAUAACUCACUAACCUAUAUGAACAUAUAACUGUGUGCGUUGUUCUACGUAACACUUUGUUGAUAAGACACAAAGCUUACACUGAUAAAGGCUUCCUCACACACUGUUCGUUCAGUCUUCAUACCAAACAGAACUUUAGAAGAUCUAUAAGCUUUCUAACUGCUGAGACGCAAUGAAUAUCUACAUGAAGGCAGCUGCAAUCACAUUAUUCAUCACUCUAACAGUUUUGGCAGCAUGUAAGUGUUUUGUUCAUGCAUUUAUCUAUUUUUGUAUAUUUUUGGUUUUUUUUUUUCCUUGAAUAAAUAAGCUUUUAUUAUUAGUAUUUACAUUUAUUUUAAUGUUGGCUUAUUUAGGCUCCCUAACUCAUAUCUGGCAUAAACUGGAAUGUUUUUAAAAACCUGGACUACAAAUCUAUAAUUCACUAAAUUAGUUAGCCAAGCGAGGUAUCGCCACAACACUCAUUCUCAAUUCCAUUAUUUUAAAGGCUAUCACAAUAAUGCUCAUAAAAUAUAGUAAUACAGAAUAUGCUUUGUAUUUAGGUAUACAAUGUAAUAAAAUAAUAUAUAUUUAUUUGUAUGUAUAUUUUCAUGAUAAAGGGAAUUUCUCUUAAUUUAAGGAUGUCUAUCUAUGUAUCUAUCAGACAUGAUAAUGAUUUUCCCCAUGGCUUCCCGAUAUAUAUUUAUUCUAACUAAUGCAACAAUAUUUUAAAAAGAAACAUUGCAUACUUACUGAAUAUUGUAUACGAAAUGUAAUUAACACUGCACUAAGCUCCCCAGAAAAACACCUGACAGUUUUGUUAUUUCUUUAAUUAACAUUUAAAUACUUAAAUAAUACUUGCUAUGUGAUUAAAAAAAAAUAUAUAAUCUUGGGACUCUUAAAAAUCAAACAAACUAUUACUUGAGAAGUGGCCAUACAAUAUAGUAUAAAUAUUAAUCACUUUUACAAGUUAAAUCCUCCCAAGGCAUUUUGAUUGAAGUUACUUACAUGUAGUGUGUGAGAUAGCAUGUAAUGGAACAGUUAUGGUUUAGAAGACCAGUACUGACUCACCAACUCAGAUUAAACUCCAACUCGGGAUCUGAAGAAAUUGAGAUAUAUUAUGAUGAUACCAGUACAAGACCAGUUCACCUACUACCCCAAUGAUUGCUGAUUUGGGAAAAUUUGCACUACCCAAUGAUGCUGUCAAUAAAAAGAUAAUAAGAUCUAUAGUUUCAGAAAAAUCUUGAAAGGCAAUGCAGCUCACCCAGAUUUAAGGGUCCCUGGUAAACUAGAUUCAAAGAAGAACACUGAAUUUAUUAAUUUGAUAGAUGACACAAUCAAACAGAUUAAGCAUAAUUAAACACAAUUAUAUCACAUAUGUUUGUAAUAUUUUUUAUUUAAAAACCUAAAACAGUCAAGCCAUGAAAAUUAUACUCAAUUUUAUAUUUCCCAAGUUUUGGAAUGGAGACCAAAAAUCCAACAUCAGCAACCUGAUAUUUCUAAAAGGGUUCCCCGGGAUAUUGGAAAGAUGGUCAAUGAUAAACCAAAUCCACUACAGGAAGCCAGGCAGAGAGAGAAUAAGAGCAUCAGAAGAAGAAAUUAUAGAGAUGUCAUCACUGAGCUAGAGUCAAGUCACAACGAGAAAACUGUCAUGAGUGGAAAAAAUGGAAAAAUUGUAAAUUCUGCACAAGGCAGACAAAAAUAUUCAAUUAUACACAGAGACAAAACUAAAGAUAUCUUUACAGAACUUAAUAAUGAAAAUAGGAAAAUGAAUGCGUUGUUUGAAAACAGUGGAUCUGGAGAUGGAACAACAGAAACACCCCUUGAUACAUCAACAAUAACAUAUACAUUAACAGACAAUACACCAACAGAAGGAUCUGGAGAUAUGGAUACAACACCAGUGACAUCCACAGGUCCAUACGCAACAUCAACAGAGAGUGCUUCACAAAAAAUUAGCUCUCCAGUCGAAAGUACCUCACCUGCACAAACCAGUGCACUUACAAAUACGGAUUCUCAGUCUCCCACCACCUCACCAACCACAGCUACUGCUACCAGCAAUACUCAAACAACACCAGGUGGGUACCCUGAUGAAUGUCCCCUGGGCCCAAACAUUAUUUUGUCCUAAAAAAACAUACUUUAGUGCUAUUUAGCUUUUAUAUUAAAUGUUACAUAUAUAUUUUACGUAUCUUCCAUAAUGUAUUUUUUAUAUUACAUUUUACAUAUUAAAUUAAGAUUCAAUCCGAAGCGAAAUUUAGAGUUACUUUGCUUCCAAACAAGUGCUGUUUGAAAAAAUAUUAACAUAACAUUUAUUUCAAACAUGGGAUGUCUUCACUGCAUUGUGAUAAGUUACCCAAUGCUACAUGGUGUUAGAAACACUGUGCAUAAGAUUAGUGCAUGGAUAAUGUUGCCUAACGUAUAGUACAUGGUUGGACAACUAGAAUCUGUUUUUUGAAAACGUGUUUCACGUUUGUGUCUGUGUAUAGCUGCUUAUCUUUCUCAAACUUUCUCAAUAUAAACACUUGAUUAUUUUAUUAUGCAUUUCUUUAUUUCCUAUCUUCUCUAAAUAUUUUAAUUUAAAGAGCAUUUUUAUUACUAUUAUUUUUUUAUUUUAGGUUUCUGUCGCAAUGGAGGUAUCUUUAAUGAUCAAAAAUGCAUUUGCCCGGAUCAGUUUUAUGGACCAGUGUGUGAGAGCUUGGUAGACAGAGUUGAGAUCGGUGGUAAGUGUUUCACGUUAACAGGUUGAUGGGUUAGCCACAGUAAGAACUUUUAACCUAAUUUUCAGAAGUAACUUUUUAAUCUAGAAACAAGAUAAUAUAAAGUACAUUGGAAUGAAAAUGUAAAAAAUGUGAUGAAAAUUAUAAAACACAUUUUGUUUGCUAAUUGUAGUAGAUUGAAGACAGUAUUGUAUUAGAGCUAGCACCACAUGAUAAAAUUUAUUCAAUUCAUAAUGAAAUAACAUGCAUAACAUAGAUGAAUCGUAAAUUAUGACGUACCUGACAACCAGAGCAACCUAACUGUACCUUUCCUGGUUAAAUACUUUGUUAUUAUUAUUAUUAUUAUUACUAUUAUUAUUAUAAUCAGGCCACCACAUAUCCAUAAACAUUCCUAGAAAUGACCUUCUUGGCUUAAAUUAACAGCUGACCUCGUAUCUCUCUCCUGACAGAUAAAGUGAAUACCACUGUGAAAGUGAACCUGAGAAUCACUAACCGGAAUUAUACAGCUGGCUUGGAGCAAAUCAACUCACCUGAAUACAAUGAAUUUGUAGAUAAUUUUAGAUUAGAGGUGAGAAUGUCAUCACACAAAGUAUGUGAAUUGUUCAGCAAUCUAUACAUCAGUAGCACAAUAUAACUAUUCACCUCUCUCUGUCUUUGUUACAGAUGAAAGGGUUCUAUAAAGAUCUACCUGGAUAUAAAGAUGUGAUAAUCAUUAGUUUGAGGUAGGUUAUCCUAAACACACUGACCUAUUAAAAAAAAAAAAAGGGUUAACCACAAGUGCAAAAAAUACAUGUAAAACGCUCAGCCCUUUUACUACCAAUUAAUUUAGUUUUAUAAAAAAAACAUAAUACUUUGAAUAUCGGAUGCAUAGUAAAAAAAAAAAGAAAAAAUAGCAUAAAAUGGCAGGUUAAUGUAUAUAUCACUGUUUAUGUGUAAUUAAAUAGAUCAAUAAGGUAGCUUAUACACAUUUUACUUAAUUUACCAUUAAUUUUUACAGAAAUAUUGGUGGGAUAAAGAAUUUUAGUAACUAUAUUAUGUCUGUUGUCUUGCAAAAGUAUUUCAUGUCAAACUUGUAUUUCCAUUUGUUAUGAAUGCAUGUAUAUGUAAUAGCCUAUUAUAGAUUUUACCAGACUUUGUGUAUCUCUUGCAGCCCAGGCUCUGUCUAUGUUGAACAUGAGGUUAUUGUAGAGGCUGAAUAUAAUGAAUAUGUGUCGGUGACUAAACAGUAUGAGGAGAUAUUUCAGAAUGUCAGUAAAACCUUGGAUAUUCUAAGGAAUAAUUCAUGCACAAGUGAAUCAGCUGGGUGUAAGUAUUUGAUGAGAGUCUAAAUAAAGUGUGCUUUGCUGAACAUACCAAGUGUUUUUCUAGUUUGCUUUGUUUCAAGUUAAUGAGGAGCAUGUGUUGCUUUGAAGUUAACAUAUUCAGUAGCUACAUGUGUGGGUAUUGUAAUGAGACCUAACUUUGACAGAUUUACCAUGUUUUUUUGGACAUUAAUUAUUUCUUGAAGUUCAUCUUCGGUCCAUGAAAAUAGUUGACCUGAAGUAUGUAGAAUGCUAUGUUAGGAAAAUCAAUUACAUAACUGAGGCAGUUCCUUUGGGAUCCAGAAACUAUCCAUUAACUUAAGUGAUAUGUUCACAAGACAACAUGAAAGAUCUGGUCACCACAGAAGACAUAUAGGUCUUUGAUUCUUUUGGAUAAGCUUUUAAAAUGAUCAGAAUCUGCUUCAAAUGUCUUAACAUAAAAUCUCUGUGAGUUUUGUAGAUAAAUAAUUUGAAAAGAUUGUCAUCAUCUGAAUGGUUUAUCCAAGAGAAUUAAGUUGAGGUUCAAAUCGGCAGUCAGUGAGAGACUAGAGUGGUUGCCUGGAUGGAUACUCUCAUCUCUCGCACUUCGUGUUUAUGUCGUAUGAAGUUAAGUCUGGAGAUGUUGUUUCCAGCUUACAAAAAUAGUCACUAAAGUAAGAAAUGAAAAUCGAAUGAUAUAUAUUUUCAGUUUUUCUAUUUUGGCCAAAAAGUUUGGAAUUUGCUUCCAGUUCUUAGUGAAUUCUCAAGAAUUGAUACUUUAGUGAAUAACCCACAAUUGUAUUAUUUAUUCCUUCUACAUUGUGUGCUAGGAUACUCUUCAGUGCUGCUUAUCUUAACAUUUUUGUUUCUUGUCAUUGCAGCAGAACUGUGUGUUGACGUAACUAACAUCGUGUUAUCUGCUGUUUCUCCAAAAAGUGAAAAAGGUAUGUGAAUAUUAGUUCUGUCAUUAAGCCCAAUGUUUCAUAGUUAUUUACCAUUGGUAGUAGGCAUGAAAGAAAUAACCUGAAUGUGUGUUUAUUGUUUUUUUACAGAUCGCUGCAAUGAAGUUGUCCAGCCUGGCUUUCAGGAACACUUCGAGCCUAUGGUCAUUAAUAAUAGCCUGAGCUGUGUUUCACGCUGCAGUCCAAACUCAAAAAGCUAUUUAUUUUGUAAUGAGGGCACCUGCCAGUUAGAAAAAGCCACAGGAGCACAUUGUCUGUGAGUAUACAUUAAAGCUUAUAGAACAAUCCUUUUGCACCAAUUAAUGCUUUAUAUUGAUUCAGCAUUUCCAUGAUGUGGUAGUUAAUUUUUCCUACCACAGUAUUAUUGCAGAGAGACUUAUAAUUAAUUAAUUCUCUAAUUCUGGCUGCAAUUUGGGAUUUAUAUGUUAACAACUGCUUUAUAUCUGUGCCUUAAAUUGUGUUUCUGUGUUAUGUGUUUGUUUAGUAACUUUGUAUUGCUCUAUCUUUGGUUUGCAGUUGUCCAAAUACAGAAACAUACGUAUAUACCUCCCAGGGGUGCCAGGGAAAGAUAUUAAUGGCAGGAUUAUACGGUGGCAUUGGUGCGGGAAUUGCAGCGCUUUUAAUAAUUAUUUUCACUGUGGGUUUCUUCAUGUUUCGAAAAAAACUGAAAAAGUAAGUGCUGUAUUUUGAGUUUUUUUUACGCUCAUAUAUAUUGUUUAUAUACACACCACCUAUACAUUGAGUGCUGGAUUAGUUAUUUGACUUUUACUCUUUGUGAAUUCAGGCAUACAUCAUUAAGAGAUGAAGAAAUUUCAGUAUAUGAAGACAAUGACAAUGAAUGGAGUGCUCAGCGGGGUAUCACCAACCUGAGUGAAGCAGCAGAUGAAGGUAUGUAAAGACACUUAAAAACUAUUUGAAUUUUAGAUUGAGCUACCAAACGAUGACUUUACCCUAUGGUGGAAAUAUCUCACUUAUUCGAGAAUGACUGAAAGUCUUAUGUUACUGCCAUUAACCCCUUAGGGACACAUGACAUGUGUGACAUGUCAUGAUUCCCUUUUAGUCCAGAAAUUUGGUCCUUACGGGGUUAAAACACAUUUCAGGGACUCAUAACGUUCAGUCUUUGUAAUCAUCAGGGGUAAUGAUUGACUUGUAGCCCCUUCUGUAUAUGUUACUGUAUCCCAUUGCCGGGGAAGACAUAGAUUUUUUUUCCUGUUGGUGUCACCGUACAAGCAGUGGGUCAGAUGCAUAGCUUUUUUUAUUGUUCCCCCUCUGCAGGGUAGGGAAGUAAUUGAAGUAAUUAAUGUACCAUGUUAUUAUAUAUCUCAACAAUUUUUAUUGUUUCUGCAGAUUCUAAGCAAGGUUCGUUCUCUGCCAAAGAGAGAUUCCAACCAGCCCUUGAGAACGUAAAUACAACCAUCCAGGUAUGCGAAGAUUGGCUUCCAGUUUGGCAGUACCCUCUUUUCCUUCAUUUUUAAUUUUUUCUCUUUAUAUACUCUCCUUUGUGACCCUUGUUAUUUCCAUUCUUACAUUUUUUUUUAUGAUUGCCUGCUUUUGUUUCUGUCAUUAUCUUUUGUUGAGUAUCUUUUUACUAUAUUGUGCUUGCCCAUCUCUAGAAAUAUUACAGUUUUAGAAUUUGUACAAUACAUUUGUACAACUUUUUUUCUCCAUAUUUUCAUUUCAUGACCUUCUUUGUUUUUUAUUGACCCUCUAAAUUUGUAUUUCUUUUACAGGUGAAAAUACAGAGACCAGAAGUUUUGAAAUUAUGAUUUGUCCACAUGGAAAUCUACUGCCAUUUUCCUUCAAUCAUUGAGGCAGGACACAACUCAGAGAUGACAAUAAAUAGUUUCUCUAUGAAUACAUUUUCAGGAGCGACUUAAGCAUAACUUUUAUCCACAAUGGAAGAAGGCACCACAUUAUGCUACAGAACAAGGAACUCUUAAUCAUGGCCCCAGGAGAAUAGGUGCCCAGAAUGUCACUUAGUGACUUGCAGCCUUGGCAAUCUCAGUUUUAUUUGAUGUAUAGGGUUUGAUUUAAGUUUUGCUUUUUUAAAAUGUCAAUUUUUUUUUAUUGCCUGCAAAAUUACACCCGAGGCUGUUCUGGAACUCUCUGGCAAUUGGUUAAAUGACAAUUGUCAUCUCAAAACUAUUUUAUAAUAUAAUAAUCUUUUGAUGCUUUGAAAGGAAAUAGAUUUUUUAAUGAAGUAUAUGUAACACAAAUUAGAAAAACUCACCCCUAACUUUCAUAUACAACAGAAUCCUCCAGCCAGUGCAAAAUAGGACAUUCAUUUCUAUAGCCUUCUGCUUCUGUGCAGGGAGUGUAGUGGGUAAGACCAUAGAGACUCUGUAAGUUUUAAACACUGUCUGACCAAAGGUGCAUGUAUAUGGCAAUAAGAUCCUGUCAUAUACUAAAAGUUGGAAUACGAUUUUCUCAAUUUUUUUUUUUUUUACAUAUACAUUAUUUAAAAAGAAAAAAUAUUUCCUUUCAAAAUCUGAUGAAAUGAUGAUUAUAUUAAUAAAAUAGUUAAUAAUAAACAGAGUAUCGCUCCAUACUAGCAACUAUAUUAUAGUCAACAUUAUUUUAUCUUAAGGAAGAGCUUAGGCAGAUAUUAGAAUAAAUAUUCAUAAACCACACGUGAGGCUAUAAUAAAAUCAUAAACCCUGUAAGAAGCAAAUCCUACAAGAAAUGAAUAUGUGUUGGCUUUUCCAGGCUUUACAAACAUACACUUACUCUCUAUUACUACACAUUAUGGCAUUUGUACUUAUCCAUUGUUUAACUCUGUAUUCUCAGUGGCCAAAAGAACAGCACUUUAAUACGUUUGUGUUAUCCUGAAUCAUGACUUCAUACCUCCUACGCCAAUGUCACUUUAUUACUAUUUAUAGCAUUUGUUUUCUGUUAUUUAAUAUCUAUAUAUCUAUAUAAUAUAUAUAAUAUGUAUAUAAUGUAUUUGACAUUAUUUUUAUAUUAAACUAUUUAAAAAAAAACUGAUUGUGAGACAUUAUAUUGUGAUGGGUAAAUAUAAACUGGGAGUUGGUUAUAUCUAGCAUGGCAUAUGCUCUUCGUCUCUAUCUCUGGUAAGUUAUCAUACAAUAUUGCUGGCAGGACAUACCUUCUAGAACCCGCCUGUAGCCAUGGUAAGGGUCGUACAAAGUCCCUUUAAAUACAAUCAACAUUAAGUUAAUAGGAAGAAACUGUGUGCAAUUAAAAGUCUUUGCACGUUUCAAUCAAUGUAACUCAGCGGCCAUGUUGAGUGAGGCGGAAUCACCCAGAAAUCCAGCCGGAAACGCUCCAUACAUAGAAAAGAGGAAGGCCCGUAGAUAUUCACCUGACAAAUGUUUGUAAUUGUAUUUACCCCCUAUGUAUGAUAUAUAAGAGUGUCUGCUUAUAUGCCACAAGAUAUGCACCUGAGGAAGACCUAUUGUACUAGGUCGAAACGCGUUGUGCCUUUUUUAUCUAUUUUAUUUUGUAUUCUUUAAAUAAAAGUACUUACCUUUUAUUUAUUUGGUUACCUGGUUCCUGAUUUACAAAUAAAAGACUUCUGAUACCUUCUGAGGGACCUGAUCCUAUACCUACACAUACACAUCGGAUUUUUCCAUAUGUAUGAAUUAAACAAUACAAAAUAAAAUAGUAGCAAGGUACGUUUAAGAGGAAUAGCAGUCAGUGCGGAGGAACUGUCAGAAUAUAUUGAAGGCCUAUGUGGAAAAGUUUUUAAAAAACUGUGAGGAUUCUGCAUGGGAGCUUGAUCGCGACCUCAAUAUCUUUCAAUAGAUAAACCACGGGAUGUAAUAGUGAAGUUCCAUUAUCCAAAAUCUAAAGAGCUGCUGCUGCAGUCAGUGAGAAAGGAGCCUAACCUCCCUGCUCCCUACAAAGAGGUAUUGAUUUGUGCUGAUCUAUCCGUAUUAACCAUAGCAAGGAGAAGAGAAUUUGCGGAGCUCACGAAAAUACUGAGAGGCCAAAAAAUAUCAUACCAUUUGGGCCACCCUACUAAACUGCUGAUUUGGCAGAAUGGUGCAUUACAUGUAAUAAAAGAACCAGAAGAAGGGAAUAAAAAAUUAAAAGAAUGGGGAUUGCCAACAACACAGAAUAAAGAUUUAAAUUAUGCAGAAAAGAAAAUACAAUACAAAGUAACACAAAACAGAAAAGGGUGCAAUUUAGAAAAGAUAAUAGAAAUAAUCCAAAUGAUUUAUCAUAAGUCCAAUAUGGUGCAAUCCACGCUCAUAGGAAGAACUCUUGUAAUACAGUAAAUGGAAUCAGUCUUCACGGGUGUGUACUUGAAAUUCAAUGAAGCAUAUGGGGAAAGAAAACACAGAAAUGGGACUCCAAUGGUACAGUAUGUAGAUAAAAUGAAAUAAUAAAAUAGUGGUAAUAGGUACUACUCACAAUCUCCAGAGCUAAGAUCCAGCUCUAGUAUGGAAUGUGUGAAGUGGAAUGAUCCCCACUCAAGGAUAUGUGAAGUGGUACUGGUUGGCAGAUAUGUAAGACGAAUCAGUAGUCCAAUAUUGAUGCGAUCCAGACCGAAAUAAAAAGAAUAAAAUAUAGUGCUCACUGUGUCUUUAUGAAUAAAAAUAUACAAAAUAUAUGAAAUGUACUCACAAUAUGUAGUGCAGGCUAUACUGCUCGAUGUAAGCGUAUGAGUGGUACAAUCCCCACCUGCGGAUUCUUUGUGCUUCUUUAAUAUGCGAUGAACAUCGAUGUAGUCAGGUAAAAACGUAUAAAAAUAUAAUAAGAUAAGAAUAAUAAAAAGGAAUAUGGCAAUCAAAGGAUUUGGAGACAAAAAAUUCCUUUAUUAAAAUACAGUAAAAACAAUAUCUAAACGCGUUUCGCCUAAAAAGGCUUCUUCAAGUAGAUAAUAAUAGAGAAAACAUACACCUGACAAACAUGAGUUUAUAUAAGGUACAUUGAUACUAUUGGAAUUGGAAUAUUCCCGCCAUAAUGACAUCAUCAGAAUCUCAUUAACAUAGCUUGACAUGUUACAAGCACUGGCCAAGCACUGUCGAAAUAUUUUAAAAGGCUAUGAGAAUCAUUCAGUGUCAAAGCAUUUUUUAAUGCAUGGAAAAAAUCAGAAACAUCUUAAAUGCAUUGGCAUAGAUAUUUGCAGUGUCCCAUGGAGAGGUGGAGACAUCAAAAAAGUUUUAGGUAAAAAAGAAUUGGAAUGGGUUUACACUUUAAAAACUCUUGCCCCAAAAGGUUUCAAUAUAGACUUUGAUCUUUUUAACUUUUUAUAAAUAUUUUAAAAAUGUUAAAAUUUUCUUAAACUUUUAGUAAAUUCUUUAUUAAUAUUUUUAUCCUUUAUUACAAUGCUGUUUUUUUUAUUUAAUUGUAAUGUUUGAAUAUUCCUUCUUUAUAUAUAUUUUAUUUAUACCCUUCUGACAUAGUUUUUUCAUGCUUUAUAUAAUUAAUUAGCUACUCUAGUCUAAUACAGAAGUGGGACCUUUAUUUUAUUGCUUUUAUAUAUAUGUUUUAAAUAUAUGUAUUAUCUGUUGUCUCCUUAACAUUAACACAUGGACAUGUGCCCGCUAAAUAAUGUCCUGCUUUAAUGUGCUCAUUUUAUCAUAUAUUUAUAUAUAUAUAUUACAUGUAUAAUCUAUCAAUAUGCUUUGUAUUUAAUAUUUAAUAUUUUUGGCCAUCAGUUUUGUUAUGCCCCUUCUGGGUUUAGAACUUGUGUCCUUUUGGGGACUUAGUGCGUUUAUGCUGCCUGCUUAUUUACUUGGCCAGACAACAUGAAGGCAAUUGCAGCUCUAUUCGUCACUCCCCCUUGAGGAGUUGACGAUUUUUUUUCUACACAGCCCUUUCCCUCCUGUCCACACAUACAUCCCAGCCUCUCCUCCUUUACACAUGCGUCGCACUGGUAUAAGAUGCAUGCGUUCCACCCAAGAUCACGGAAGUAGAUUAGCCGCGCGUCAUGUGACUCUUUCUUAUCCUUCAUUUUAUACAUUUUAGCUUUGUUUUUUAUUUAUAAAAACCGCAACAGAUCACCAUUAUGUGUCUUAAUAAAUUGUAAUAUUGUCAAGCUUAUUUUUAAUACGCACUAUGUUAAUGAGAUUCUGAUGAUGUCAUUAUGGCGGGAAUAUUCCAAUUCCAAUAGUAUCAAUGUACCCUAUAUAAACUCAUGUUUGUCAGGUCUAUGUUUUCUCUAUUGUUAUCUACUUGAAGAAGCCUUUUUUUACUGUAUUUUAAUAAAGGAAUUUUUUGGCACCAAAUCCUUUGAUUGCCAUAUUCCUUUUUAUUAUUCUUAUCUUAUUUUAUUUUUAUAAGUUUUUACCUGACUACAUUGAUGUUCAUCGCUUAUUAAAGAAGCACAAAGAAUCCGCAGGUGGGGAUUGUACCACCCAUACGCUUACAUCGAGCAGUAUAGCCUGCACUACAUAUUGUGAGUACAUUUCACAUAUUUUGUAUAUUUUUAUUCAUAAAGACACAGUGAGCACUAUAUUUUAUUCUUUUUAUUUCGGGCUGGAUCGCAUCAAUAUUGGACUACUGAUUCGUCUUACAUAUCUGCCAACCAGUACCACUUCACAUAUCCUUGAGUGGGGAUCAUUCCACUUCACGCAUUCCAUACUAGAGCUGGAUUUUAGCUCUGGAGAUUGUGAGUAGUACCUAUUACCACUAUUUUAUUAUUUCAUUUUAUCUACAUACUGUACCAUUGGAGUUCCGUUUCUGUGUUUUCUUUCCCCAUAUGCUUCAUUGAAUUUCAAGUACACAUCCGUGAAGACUGAUUCCAUUUACUGUAUUACAAGAGUUCUUCCUAUGAGCGUGGAUUGCACCAUAUUGGACUUAUGAUAAAUCAUUUGGAUUAUUAUUAUUAUCUUUUCUAAGGUGCACCCUUUUCUGUUUUGUGUUACUUGGUGUUGUAUUUAUCGUUAGGGGAUUAGAGGGGACUCCCCUUUUUUUCCUUUAAGUGUGCAGCCUGUAUCUUUUAUAAAUAUCUAUUUUCUGUGACAGCUUAGUGCUGACUCUUUACUUUGAUUUAUUUUAGAAAAGAAAAUACAAUGGAUGGUUGCUGGCACACCAAGGUGCAAAAGCUCAAAUGAUGCAGAGUCUGCAAAAUGAGUCUUGGGACUUUUUGUUCAUGCAAUGGACUCCCAUACACAUCUGAUUGAUGUAUCUGCUGUCAUAGUUUAGAGCCAACAUUGUGAAUGUUCCAAGUUACUUAUUACUUUAUUUGUGUUAAGAUAUAUUACCCUAUGUUGGUUUUGUAUACCCACAGAACCUAAGGAACUUUUACUUAAUGCUAGAAUAUCAUCCAAUGUGUGCACAAUCACCAUAUCUCCAUUUUUAGCUUCUGUAUGUAAGGGUUAUUCACUGACUAUAUACUUUGGUGAUUUUUGCAUGCUGCACUGGGUUUACUUUUGAUAUAUUUUACUUAUUUUUAGCUCCACCUUUUCUCUCAGUUUUUUAAAUGAGAUUAGUUAAGGUAAUGCUGACUUUGGUCCCUCUAACACUGUGGCAUGUUCCCUUUCUUCUACACUCACUAUAUCCAAAUUUUCUCUGUCUCAGACUGUAUACCAGGAGCUUCUGCCUGCUAGUAAGAAUGUAAGGAGACAUGUUAGUGCUAGGGGACAGUCCUUAGAAAUCAUGGAGCGAGCGCAUCAUUAGAUGCAUUUAUGCCAAGCUCAGGGUGCUGUUGGUCAGCAUGCAUGAUUGGCAGGCAGCCUGACAUGCAUUCAUACCAGGCUAGCCUUCCAAUUCUUUGGGCAGACACACCUCCUUUUUGGGCAUGUUCGUCCCUUUCGGGAGUUCUGGUUACAUGAUGCGCGUCAAUGGCCCACCUCUUUACACUACCCAUUGACUCCUGCUUCACUGGACACUGCUGUUAGGGGGUAUGGAUUUACUUAAAAAGAUGAAACCAUGAAUUAGAGAUAGAUUAUCAUAUUUUAAGAGAAUCUGAGUUUUCUUGUAGCUGCAUCCUAGGAGAUUCCCUGUGGCAACAUCUCCACCAGAUACACAAAACAAGGUCUGACUGUUUUAGUGUUUUUGGUCGAUAAGAUUCUCUACUUAGGCCCCUCAUAAUUGUCAGAACCAGGCCCACUGGGCCCUUAAUCUGGCCCUGUAACUAGUGCUGGGUGGCUGUCCAACAAAUGGGAGGAGGCAUUGAAAAUAGGUUUACCUGCUUAUUCUGCAACAUACAAAGGAUGAGUCUCAAGGGAUCCUUGUCUACCUGACUGCUUGGGGUUUGUGCAUUUACUGCUGCCUGGGAGGUGGUGAGACUAUAGGAACCUGUGACUGCACACACCUCAAGCUUCGCAUGUCUCUUCAGUGCUAAGAAAGGGGAAAUCAUGAGUUGAGUUUCAUUUUAGAGUCAGCUUUACAACAUCAUGUGGUUCGGACAGUCCUGCAUACCUACACUUAACAACUCUGCCAAGAUCACAAUGCAGCUCCUACUACUCAAUGUGGGCAGUUGCAUAACCCAUAUUCUGACACAUGAAUAGGUCCCCAGGAGUCAUAUGGAGGCAGGUACAAAAAAAUUAAAUGAGCAAUAUCAUGAAGAAAUCUUUGGAUUUGCAGGCCCAUACUAGGGUUAUUGUCCCUAAUGUCUAUCAUUAUCAAUGCCUCUGUCUGUAAUAAAAUCUAAAUUUAGUGACUGUCUCCUAUCUAUUAACCAUCUUUUUUUUUGCUUUCCGUUGAAUGGACUUGAGAUCUACUCCACAUGACCUCAUGGCAGACCUCUAUUCUAUCAUGGGAAAUUAAACAGCUUAUUAGCCCACACGCCAAUAAAAAAAUAAAAUUAAAAAAAUGUCACUCUGAUAAAAAUGGCACUCAACAUAUCCAGGCUUGCGCGAGUCUGUUCAACUGAAAUCAAAGUUUCUUCCGAUCACCUAACUUUAACCGAAAUGCAGUUGUCUGAAAAUGAAUCUUCAAGUCUAUUGUUUAGCAGUUAUCUCCAUAUUGAAAAAUAUAUACAAAAAAAAAAUAACCAUAACGGAGAAAAAUCAGAUCAUGUUAUAAUUAACUAUUUUAUUUGCAGUAUUUACAACUUUUACUGCAUUGUUUGGACACAAAAAAAGAAGAUGGUAAAAUAUACUAAAUAACAAACAUUGAGUAAAUCAGAAAUUUAAUGUAGAAACAAGAAGCAGAGAGGGAAAUCUUUAUACCAAAUUGGUGCUAUUUUAGGUACAAAUUGAAAAAAGGUUAAGAGACAGUAUAUUGGUUUUCAUGGUGAUUGCUCACUUUGCCUCAGAAUAGCACCUGAUUUUACACCUCACUACUGGUUCAUCUCAAAUAGUUUUCUAGCAAAGUAAGCUAGUGGAGGAUUCACUAGACUUUAUGAUGGCAACGUGCACUAGAUCUGUGACAGAGCUCUCUGUACCCUGGGUACCGCCGCCAAGUCUGCUUCCUAGCCACUUGCAGGGACCCUGGAACACUUCUGCCCCAGUUUCCGCAGCUUGACUGGGGUCCUUCUGGAGCUUUUGCACCCCACCAGGCAGCAGCUCAAUAAAAAUGCAAACACUCAAAUCACAUUAGACAAUAAUUAACAUAAAACAUCUCUCCUGCUUGCAGAAAUAGCAAUAUGCAAAUCUACCUGAAUAUGCAAAUGAGCAAUCAUUGCUAUUUAGGUAGUGCAUACAGCGGUUGCUAGAUCCCUGCAACCAACAGGUGGCACUGUAAGGCUCUACAGCCCAAUCCACCUAGUUGAUUGCAAGCAUUAGCAAUACAGGAGAGCACACUACAAUUUAACACUAAACAGUUACAUUACACACACCCUGCACCCAUAAUGGGUACAGGGUGACUAAAACAUAAGAAAAGUCCUGCAACCGAUAUAGUCUGUCUGAAGGUCCAGGUGAUGUUGACUACCGUCACAAGAUCCAUCAACGCCCCACCCCUCACAAUAAAAUGACUUUUUCAAUUACCGGAAAUUGACCAUUUCUUGAAUCUGAAUAUUUGCCAUAAAAGGUGUUUUCAUAACAGAAUUAAAAAAUACUACUUUUUUUUUUUUUUUUAAUCCUCGCCACAGAUUUAGGAUAUAUUCUUUUUCACCCUACUAUUCAAUGUCUUUUCUAUUCUCCCCACCUACAGAUUCUGACAGGUUCUACAGGUGUCAGGGGCGGCUCUAGACUUUGCAAAGCCUUAGUGAGGCCCCCACUAACACAAUUAGUGAAGAAACAGAGUUGCUUUAUGUGCAUAUAAGGAGCUGUAGCUAUAUUGAAGGGCGGGUGUGACAAACUAGCCUGAAAAACUGUGAAACUUUCCGUUUAUUUGGUGGUUCUGUCUACCGAACGCAGACCACCCCCUGGCUCAUUAUCUUCAAAGGAACCAUAAAGUUAAGUGCUUUCUAUGGCCGGCCACUGUUCAUAUAACCGAAAGCCAUGUGCGCUGGAAAAAAGCUGCCAAAUGUGACAGAGUGUGGGAUAGGUUGACAGUGUGGGAAGGGGGUGACAGAGUGACAGAGUAAGAGAGGGGGGUGAUGUGACAGAAUAGGUGACAGAAUGGGUGACAGAGUGAGGAAGGGGGUUAAAAAAUACUUUUUUUUCUCUUAGCCCCUUAAGGACCAAACUUCUGGAAUAAAAAGGAAUCAUGACAUGUCAUGUGUCCUUAAGGGGUUAAACAACUUCCUGGUGGUCCAGUGUUUUUUUUCCCUGGUGGUCCUGUGGGCUGUCACUCUCCCUGGUAAUCCAGUGGCCUUCCUAUCCGAUCUGUAGCUCUGCCGGGUGCAGAGCUGCAAACCACAUGAUAAGAGUCUUGCAAUCUCAAGAAGUCAGAGCAUUGCUGUGGUAACCCAUAGCAUACAUGGAAAGCUGCCGGGCCACUUCCCGAUGUCGUGCCCCCGGUCAUGGACUGAGGGCUCGACAGGUCGGUCUGCUCUAAAGCGAUUUAGGAAGCCGCCAGGCCUCAAACAGCGCAAGGCUUUAGGUGGCCGCCUGAAUCGCCUAAUUAGAGAACCGCCUCUGCUACAGGUAACUAAAUAAAAUGGUGUGAGUUGUAAUUCAUAAAACUCCUAAAGUAAAAGUGUGAUUGUGGCAAAAUACAUUGCUUUACUCAGUUUUACACCACUUUACUCCAAACAAAAGAUUUCUCCAGCAACCAACUAAUUUAUUGGAUCAGACUACUAGAAUAUUUCUUCCCAUUAAAUUCAGUUGAAAUGUAUUAAAAAUAUCGGAUGAAAUCAGUUGAUAAUGUUUGACUAGAUUUUGUUUAUUAUAUUGCAUUGAGGUAAAUAUGAGAUGAGUACCAAAGUCUCCUCACUCUUCCCAACCAAAGUGCUACUAAUGAAGGUUUAUAUAAAGAAAUGUCAUAUAAAAAGCAAGCAGAGUCUUGAGAAGGACUUUUGAUUAAUCUAUGUGAUUUAAUAGAAAGCACCCUUUUUCCUACACUCAGUGAAUCAAUUCUCACACACAUUCAGAUAUGAAUCCUAUUUAUUAAACACUGUUUUAUUUAACAGAUUAACAGACUUUAACCCCUUAAGGACACAUGACAUGUGUGACAUGUCAUGAUUCCCUUUUAUUCCAGAAGUUUGGUCCUUAAGGGAUUAAACCUUUUAGAAUCUGGAAACAUUUUUUUUUCACUCAGCUGAGCUGAAUAUUUUAUUUUUAACACAGCAAUCUUAGUCUGACGUCUGCAAAUGACUGUCAUCUCGCAAUUUAUCCCAGUUUAUUGACUAGACUUGUCUAUGACUACCUGCUAUUGGUGCCAAAGUCUGCAGUGGGUUUUUACCUGUUAAUGAGUUGUGGAAUAAGAUCUCCUCUGUCUAUUACAAUAAAUUCUUAUUUACGGCAAUGUCAUCCAUAAUUAGCAUGAUUUCCUGUGUAAGUGGAGAUUUUUAUUGUAACAAAUAACUCACUAGGUUCGUUGAGCCUAUAUCUGUGUACGUUGUUCUACGUAACAAUUUGUUGAUAAGAUACAAAGUUGACACUGAUAAAGGCUUCAUCACACACUGAUUGUUCACUUUUCAGACCAAGCAUUACUGCAUACGAUUUUUAGGCUUUGUAAAUACUGAGACACAAUGAAUACCUACAUGAAAGCAGCGGCAAUCACGGUAUGCAUCAGUCUAACAGUUUUGGCAGCAGGUAAGUUGCGUAUUGAUUGUUUUUCUUUUUUAAACUUUUAAAAGUUCCUUCCGCUUUUCUUUGAGUUCCUUGCAACCUGGUUCCAAUAGGCAAGUGUUGCCCUACAAAUUGACACAAAUCAUACCAACUUGGAGCCAGUUACUUAUGGGUUUCUUAAAAAGUAAGUAUCCAUUUGGAUACACAUACUAAUAGAAGAAAACAAGUCCUGCGCCUCAAACUCCCAUCCCUCCUGGGCGGCCAAAACGACCAUAGUGUAACCGCGGCUGGUUCCCUUAUUUACCACUAUAAUGUCUUAAAGCAUAGAACUUAGCAGGGCUAACCAUACAGAUAUCUUAGCCAUAAUUUUAUAUAGUUAAUAAGAUAGCUAAUAAGAUAUAAAAAUAAUUGAGAAUACUAUAUAAAAUAAGGAUUGUCUUGGAAGCAAUAACGUUUUGUCUUUUUAGAUAUUUAUUAUAUAAAAAAAUAAAUAUAGACAUAUAAAAUCCAUUACAAUAAUUUAUAGCAGAGUUUAUAAGAUUAAACUAAAUGCUUGCAAAUAUCAUUAAUAGGUUAACAUACCCUUCUGACGUGGCAGGCGGGCAUUCCCUCCAAUGGCCAUUGAAGAAACAAAAUAACCUCAAUUUGUUUAAAUAUACAUAGCGAUUUGGGAGAGAGCGCAGAUAACUUUUUUCCUUUGCUUUUUACUGUAUGUAUUGGGGCUGUGUACACAAUGGUCAUUACUGCAGCCCAGGAGUGAUGCAAAUUUGAGCACAGGACUUGUUUUUUUGUCUUUGUAUUCACUUUUUGUAUCACACAACUUUGUUACAAUGCGGCCGCCCAUCCCAUGUGUUCCCUAUUAAGGGUUAAUAAGUAUAUAGGGGUGUAUAUUAAAAAUACCCCUCUCUGUCUCAUUAGAGAUAUCUUUGCCAGAAGCUCAAGGAAGCAAGGGGAAAGGUUAGUGUAGGACCCACCUGAGAGGUUUACCUUGACAUGGCAGGUGGGCAUGCCCUGCUAUGGCUAUUGGAGUAACUAAAUAACCUCCAUUUGUUUAAAUAUUGUGACCUGGAACCAUACAAUCACACAGUCUUAAUGAUUGGAACACAACACAAAUCGGAUUUCUUGUAAAUGCAAUCUUUUUCUUUAUUAAGAGGUCUGGCAAUUUAACCCCUCUGUGUGUUUGUUUGUCAGUGAAUGUGUGCAUGUCUGUCACUGUGUGUUCAGGUGAGUGUGUGUGUGUGUCUGUCAGUGUAUGUCUGUGAGUGAGUCUGUAUCUGUUAGCGAGUAUGUGUGUCUGUCAGUGAACGUAAGUCACUGCCGUUAUCCUUUGCCUCAGAAUAGAUUCAAAAAGGCUAUACUAAAUAUGAGUUUCCACUACGCAUCUAACACUGAUUUAAACUGAUUAUUUCAGAGUAUUGCACUAUUAUGUGUUUUUUGUUUCAUAUAUUAUUAUUAUUAUUAUUAUACAUAUAUGGGGUAAUUGCUAUUUAUAGAGCGCUUCACAUAUUCUUUUGUUUUUGGUGGGUCUUAUAACCUAAAUAUUAAGUUGUUUGUUUUUUUUUUUUAUGAAAUUUCCUUAACGAAUUGCCAUUGUUCGUAUAACAUUACAUUUUUAUAGAGAUUAUUUUCAGCUCAGCUAUUUUGCAAGUUGGUUGUCAACUCACCAAAGCUCACUGCUUAUUAAGCAAAUUCCCUAUUCUUAAGAUACAACCAAUGACUCUCAAGCUGAUGCCGAUUUAUAAUUCCCAAUGAUGCUGUCAAUAAAAGGAUAAUGAGAUUUAUAGCUUUAGAAAUGAUUUAUAAGGCCAUGCAGCUCACCCAGAUUUAAGAGUCCCUGGUAAAAUAGUGUCACCUAUCAAAAAGAACACUCUUAAUCUGAUAGGUGACACAUUCAAACAGAUUACGCAUUUGAUUCUAAUUUAAAUGUAUCAAUUACAAACAAGAAUGUCACACAAAUGUGUAAUAUUUUGUAAUUGUAAUUAACUAUAACAUUCAAGACUUGAAACUCAAUCAAUUUAAUAUUUUCCUAUUUUGAAAUGGAGGCCAGGACACAAAAUCAUUAGCCUGAUUUUUCCAGAAAGGUUUGCCGUGAUAUUGGAAAUUCGGGCAAUGAUAAACCAAAUCUACAGCAGGAAGCCAGGCAGAAAGAGAAUAAGAGUAUCAGAAGAAGACAUUAUAGAGAUGUCAUGACAGAGCUAGAAUCAAGUCACAUCGAGAAAACUGUCACGAGUGGAAAUGAUGAAAAAAUAGUAAACUCUGCACAAAGCAGACAAAAUUAUUUAGACAGAGCAGGCAAAAUUAAAUGUAUUUUUAAAGAACGUAAUAAUGAAAACAGGAAAAUGGAUCUCAAGUUGGAACAGAAAAAUCCCUUGAUACAACAAAUUUAUUUUUUGUUUAAUAAUUGUUUUAGUACCAUGUAUCAUUUAUAUUAAUCUACAUGUAUCGUUUACUAAGCAUUUGCUAUAUUGCAUUUAAAUAUCAAAAGGAUCUACAGAAAGUGCUUCAAAAAUGCCAAUCCCUCCAGUCACCAGUACUUCACCACCAGAAACCACUGCAAUCACAAAUACUGUUCCUCUGUCUACCACCGCUUCACAAACCACUGCCACUACAUUGUAUCCUGCUACCAGUCAUAUUGUAACACUACCAGGUGGGUACCCAGAUAAGAUACAUAUACCAUAAGACCUAUCUAUAUAUCUAUCUAUCUAGUUAAUGUCUCCAGAACACAGAUAUUAUUUUACCCUGAUUCAUUCUUUAGAAUAAUGUAUGUUUGAUAUUAAAUUGUGUAUUGUCAGGGUACCUGUUGGUGCUGAAUCCAGGGAAGACAUCCUCUCUGUUUAGGGGCUCCCUGCCCCUAGCAUUUCGGCAUAUUCCGGCCGUUUUCGCGCCGGCCGCGCUAGCUCCUCCCCCUUUUAUGACGCUACGGCUAGCGUCGACGUCAUGACGUCGGCAUUUACAUAAAGUGCCGGGAACCGCUAUUCCGGACCUUUUGGGGGCGUGGUCUCUAUUUAGGUAACAGGGUAUUUAAAGGAACCUUUACUACUGCUCAUUGCCCUGUCGUGGUUCUAGCUUGCUAGUCACUCAGCGCGUUCUUUAUCUUGUGUUUCCGGUUUUGACCCUUGCUUGUCUUUUGUCCUGUUGUCCUCUCCUCUCCUUUGACUCGGCUUGUAUCUCGCUUACCUGUCCUCCGGCUCCCUCGACCUCGGCUUACCUUUUGACUAUUCUUGCUUUGUCCAUACGUUAGUCCGGCCAUUCUAAGGUCCGGUAUACGUACCUCCUUCUGUCCGCACUCUGCGUAUUGGAUCCCUGUCAGUAUCCUGACAUGUAUGCAGCGUUUGCUAUUUAUCUUUCACUAUGUGUAUUUUAUAUUACAGUUUACAUAUUACAUGAGAGUUAGAUCUGGGGCGCGUACAUACAUAGUUACAUAGCUGAAAAGAGACUUGUGUCCAUCAAGUUCAGCCUUCCUUAUUUCUGUUUUUUGCUGUUGAUCCAAAAGAAGGCAAAAAAACCCAGUUUGAAGCACUUCCAAUUUUGCAACAAGCUAAGAAAAAAAAAUUCCUUCUUGACCCCAGAAUGGCAGUCAGAUUUAUCCCUGGAUCAAGCAGUUAUUACCCUACGUUGAAGGAUUAAUUCCCUGAAUAUUCUGUUUUUGCAAGUAUGCAUCUAAAUGCAUGAUAAAUUCACUGUUUUAUCAAUCAACCCCUUUUUUAAGAGACUACUCUUCAAAGAACUGUGAUAAUAUCACUAAUUCGAGCUUUCAAACUUUUGAGCAAUUAGUUCCUUGUACUUAUUUGCUCUGGUUUAUAUACCUGGACUAUUAUGUCAUCUUUUAUUCAUAAAAGUAUAUUGUCAUAAGUACUAUUAACCCUGCGUUGUUCUCGCAAGCAGGGUCUAGGUUACUUAUGCUAUAAAUACCACCCUUAUGAUCUAAUAUGCUAUGUGGAUUCCAAUGUAAUCUUUAACAAUUUGGGUGCAUUCUUUCAUGCAUCUAGUAGCUGUUUGAACAUCUGUAUGGACUGUGUAAACCACUUCUUCAGGCAGAGAAUUCCACAUCCUGAUUGUUCUUACAGUAAAAAAAAACCUUUGCCUUAGACGAAAUCUUCUUUCUUCCAGUCUAAACGCAUGACCUUGUGUCUUAUGCAAAGUCCGGUUUGUGAAUAGAUUUCCACACAAUGGUUUGUAUUGACCUUGAAUAUAUUUGUAUUAUGUUGUCAUAUCCCCAGGUGACGUUUUCCUAAACUAAAUAGGUUUAAAUUUGUUAACCUUUCUUCAUAGCUGAUAUGUUCCAUUCCUUUUAUUAAUUUUGUAGCCCGCCUCUGUAUUUUUUCUAGUAAUAAUAUAUAAUAUCCUUCUUUAGAACAGGUGCCCAAAAUUGCACAGCAUAUUCAAUAUGUGGUCUUACCAGUGAUUUAUAAAGAGGCAAAAUGAUAUUCUCAUCCCGAGAAUGAAUGCCCUUUUUCAAGCAUGACAAUACCUCACUGGCCUUGGCCACUGCUGAUUGACAUUGCACAUUGUUGCAUAGUUUGUUGUCUAUAACAAUUCCCACGUCCUUUUUGUGUGUUGUUAUCCCUAAUUCGCUUCCAUUAAGGGUAUACGUUGCUUGUGUAUUCUUUACGCCGAAGUGCAUAACUUUGCAUUUUUCAACAUUAAAUUUAAUCUGCCAUUUGAGUGCCCAGUCACCCAGUCUAUCUAAAUCCCUCUGCAGCAAAGUAAUAUCUUGCUCACAUUGUAUUAUUUUACAGAGUUUUGUGUCAUCUGCAAACACUGAAACAUGACUUUCAAUGCUGUCUUCAAGAUCAUUUAUAAACAUGUUAAAUAGAAGGGGUCCCAGAACAGACCCCUGAGGGACACCUCUGUCCACCUCUGUCCAGCUUGAAAAUUUACCAUUAAUGAAAACUCUUUGUACUCUGUUUUUAAGCCAAUGUUCUAACCAAGAACAAGCAUUUUCAUCUAGACCGAUUUCCUUGAGUUUGAACACUAAUCUAUUGUGUGGAACUGUAUCAAAUGCCUUGGCAAAAUCCAAAUAGAUCACAUCCACUGCAACACCCUGAUCUAUACUUCUACUUACUUCUUUGUAGAACGCAAUCAAGUUAGUUUGACAUGACCUGUGCUUCAUAAAACCGUGCUGACUUUUGCUGAUAACCAUGUUCUUCUCAAGGAAUUCUUGAAUAUUAUCCCUUAAUAGCCUUUCAAAUAUUUUCCCAGCCCCUGUAGUUAAAGGACCACUCUAGGCACCCACACCACUUCAGCUUAAUGAAGUGGUCUGGGUGCCAGGUCCUUCUAGGGUUAACCCAUUUUUUUAUAAACAUAGCAGUUUCAGAGAAACUGCUAUGUUUAUCAAUGGGUUAAGCCUUCCUCCAAAUCCUCUAGUGGCUGUCUCAUUGACAGCCGCUAGAGGCGCUUGCGUGCUUCUCACUGUGAAAAUCACAGUGAAAGCACGCAAGCGUCCAUAGGAAAGCAUUAUGAAUGAUUUCCUAUGCGACUGGCUGAAUGUGCGUGCAGCUCUUGCCGUGCGUGCGCAUUCAGCCGACGGGGCGGAUCGGAGGAGGAGAGGAGGCAGAGAGCUCCCCGCCCAGCGCUGGAAAAAGGUAAGUUUUUACCCCUUUCCCCCUUCCAGAGCCGGGCGGGAGGGGAACCCUGAGGGUGGGGGCACCCUUAGGGCACUAUAGUGCCAGGAAAACAAGUAUGUUUUCCUGGCACUAUAGUGGUCCUUUAAGCUCACAGGUCUAUAAUUUCCAGGCAAGGAUUUUGAACCCUUUUUGAAUAUAGUAACCACAUCUGCCUUCCUCCAAUCCUCCUGAACACUUCCUGAAAGAAAAUAAUCUUGAAAGAUUAAAAACAGAGGUUCACUUAUUUCUACACUUAGUUCCUUAAGUCCUCGUGGAUAGAUACCGUCAGGCCCUGGAGCUUUGUUUAUAUUAACUUUCUUUAGUUGCUGCAGCACCUUGUCUUGAGUUAACCAAUUACAAUUAUUUUGCAAGUUUUUAGUAGCAAUCAUUUGCACAUCUAUUGCCAUGGGUUCUUCCUUAAUAUAUAUGGAAGAUAAAUAGUUAUUUAAAAUUCCAUAUACCGCUGUUUCAGUGGUUAUUGCAUUUCUUAAGCCCAAACAUUAUUUUAUUAAUCAUCCAGCAAUUUUAUUAUUACUUCAUGCUUGAAGUGGUAGAGCUUAAUACAGUAAAGGAGUUUAAGCAUGCGUGGGAUAGGCAUAAGGCUUAAAGACUUAAAGGGACACUCCAGGCACCCAGACCACUUCUGCCCAUUGGAGUGGUCUGGGUGCCAACUCCCACCACCCCUAACCCUGCAAGUGUAAUUAUUGCAGUUUUCAUAAACUGCAAUAUGUACUUUGAAGGGUUAAGUCCUCCUCUAGUGGCUGUCUGCUAGACAGCCACUAGAGGACACUUCCGUGUUCAUAGAACAAGAAAAGUGUGCUACAACAUCGCUGGACGUCCUCACGCUAUGUGAGGACCUCCAGCAUCGCUCAAAUCCUCAUAGGAAAGCAUUGAAAGCAUUAUUCAAUGCUUUCCUACGGGGAGUUAUAACGCAUUAGGUCUCCCCCGCCUCCGCCCGCGCAUGCUCAAUAGGUUUCCCCCUUGGAUGAUUUCGCCGGGGAAGGAGCAUGGGCGGACCCUGACCCAGCGCCGAGGGACAUCGGCGCUGGAUACAGGUAAGUCACUGAAGGGGUUUUAACCCCUUCAGAAACUUGGGAUGGGAGUGGGAGGGAGAGGGGACCUGCAGUGCCAGGAAAACGGUUUGUUUUCCUGGCACUGGAGAGUCCCUUUAAGAUAAGGCCAGGGACUAAUUAAAAAUAUUUCAAAAUAUUGGGCAGACUAGUUGGGCCGAAUGUUUCUUAUCUGCCGUCACAUUCUAAGUUUCUAGGAAUCAUUCGUUCUGUUGAGCUAUUUCAAUUGCUUUUGUUUGAUUUGUUCAUUGCAAACAGUUAAAAGUCUGUAAAUUUUAACAGUAAACCUGAUUUUAAAUGAGGGUUGAAUAUUUUUGAAUACAGCUGUAUGUAUGAUGUUGCCCAACAUAUAGUACAUGGUUUGAUAACAUAAUCUGCCUCUUGAAAAAAAAAUUGUUUUAUCUCUGUGAUUGUGCAUCGCUGAGAUGCUUAUCUAUUUACCCCUCUUGAUGUGGAUUAACUUAUCCUAGUAUUAGAACUCUCUAAUUCUUUUACCGUGCCUUUAAUUGUUUGUUUUUUUAUCUUCUUUAAAUAUUUUAAUUCCAAGAUCAUUUUUGUUACUACUGUUUUUUAAUUUAGGUUUGUGUCGCAAUGGAGGUACCUUUACUGAAAAUAAAUGCAUUUGCCUGGAUAAGUUUUAUGGACCCUUGUGUGAGAGCAUGGUAGACAGAGUUGAGAUUGGUGGUAAGUGUUUCACGUUAACAGGUUGAUGGGUUAGCCAGAGUAAGAAUGUUGAACCUGAUUAUUCAGAUGUAACUUUUUAAUCUAGAAACAAGAUAAUAUAAAAUACAUUGGAAUGAAAUGGUAAAAAUAUAUAUGAUAAAAAUUCUAAAACACAUUAUGUCUAGAGUUGAGCGGACAUCUGGAUGUUCGGGUCCUGCGAGUUUGGCCAAACUUUGAAAAAAAGUCCGUGUUCGGGCUUGAACUUGACCCCGAACCCUAUUGAAGUCAAUGGGGACCUGUACUUUUGGCCACAAAAAUGCCUCUAAAAAACUCCUGGAAAAGCUACAGAGCUGCAAAAGGAAGUAAAAUGGGGUAAGAGUAGGACAAGUGCCCUGCAAACAAAUGUGGAUAGGGAAAUCAGAUAAAAUAACAUAAAAAUUUGAAAUACAGCUGAGCCAUAAAAUAGCACUAGAUGGAAUCUUUGAUUUUAGCUUUGGAAGAACAUAAAUCAAAAUCUAAAUCAUGGCUGUCAGGAGGAUCACCAGAAUUAUCAAUUUUUAGAGAGGGCUGGAGUGCAGGGUAUGCUCUUUCAUUGUUCAAACUGAGCUCAACUGUUUAUGUUUUUUUUUUUUUUAAUUGUGGUAUCCCACAAAAUAUUGGGACAUACAAAAAAAGAAACAUUUGCGGCCUGCGGUGCAUUUCUUGCAGUCCUGAUGCAUGGAGAAAUGCUCAACUCCUGAUGCAUGGAGAAAAGGCCUUCUAAUGUGUACCUAGUUUAUACUAAGUGACCCUUAGGUUGAGGAGGCGGUGUCCAUGGCAGUGUAGGUGGAAGCAGCGGUGCGGGAGGAGGAUGAGGUAGCCAACACUGUUUUUUAUGGGUUUUUUUUUAAUUGUGGUAGCCCACAAAAUAUUGGGACAUAUAAAAAAAGACAACUCUGUUGCGCAGAGUAGCUGUUGACAUUAUAGUUGCGCAGGCACUUUGUUGACUCGGGCCAAUCACACAUCCUCGUGGUGGUGACUUUGCAUGCGGAUGUCAUCCAUAUCAACUUUCGAUGCCAGUUUCUGCGCCUACCAUGGUGACCACGGGUAACGGGGAAUCAGGGUUCCAUUCCAUACAGGGACCCUGAGAAACGGCUACCACAUGCAAGGAACGCAACAGGCAUGCAAAUGACCCACUCCCGACACGGGAAGGUAGUAACGACAAAUAACAAUACAGGACUCUUUAGAGGCAGUUUAAUUGUAAUGAAUCCACUUGAAAUACUUUAACUCUGAUCAAUUGGAGGGAAGUCUGGUGCAGGGCCACUGACCUGUGUGUGCUGCAGCUGAAACUCCAUUAUUGCCUGCUUCUGCUCACACAGUCUCAUGAGGCAGUGAGUGGGAAGGCCGAAGUUACGCUGGAGCGCAGACAGGCAAGCAGCAGAAGGGUGAGAACGCCAAAAGCGUGGACAGCCGCUACAGUGAAUGUCACACCCUGUUUCAAGUUGCGGAUCACUCUGGUGAUGGCUUUUGGUAUCCAGUACUCGUUUUACUAAAGCUGCAUCAGGGUCCUGGUAUGUGGCCGCACAAAGGCUGGUGCUCAACACCAGGGGGCGUGCGGUUACCCUGCAUCAGACCCUGCUAAUCCAUUCCACACUGUGACUCCUAAUUUAAACAUCAGGCAUACUGGGUCCCGGUCGUCCAACCGCCGCCCAGACAGUGUCUGGGUCCUGGUCACUGGACUGCCCACCUGACUGUGAAACUACGAAUGGAUCGUUAAAUCUGGUACGAACCCGAAUUUUGCAGUUCGUGUUCGCUCAACUCUAUUAUGGAUUCUUUGAUCGCUACAUUACUUAUUACUUAGAUAACUGGUAAUUCUCGAGCUAAUACAUGCCGACGAGCGCUAGGGGAUGGCUCCGCUUUUGCACCCUGCUCCCUCUUAUGCUGUGCUGGUGCCUCUAUGCGACCAGUGCCUCUUCCUCUAAACUGCACACGUCACUCGCCUGACCUUGAUUCCAUGUGGAGUCUAGGCCCUCCUCAUCCUCCACAUCAUCUUCCACCCACUCCUUAACCCUGCCCUCCUUGCCGGUAUGCACACUGCAGAAAGCCAGCAUAUAAAGUCUGCAAAGGACAUAUGGAAAUUGUUUUAGAAUUUUAUCCAGGCAACAGUUUUCCCUAUAAACUGACCUCUCAGUUUGACUUGUGAGGGUAUUGCCCCAGAAUUAGUUACGCUUCUAUUUGACUCUCAGAUAUGAAGUGAACACCCCAAAUAUACUAUUUAGCACCAAAAAAAAAAUUUACUUUUUAAAACUCCAAUGUAAGCAGCAGAUUAGCAACAAAACAAUUAGAACGUUUAAAACUGCGUAGUAAGCGCACUAUUUGACGCUUCUAUUUGACUCUCAGAUAUGAAGUGCACCGCAAGCUGCAAAUGUACUAUUUAGCAGAUUAGCAGCAAAACAAUUAGAAUGUUUUCAACUGCGUAGUAAGCACACUAACAGAUGCUUCUAUUUGACUCUCAGAUAUGAAGAGCAGGCCCCAAAAUGUACUAUUUUGCAGAUUAACAACCAGAAAAUAAGAAUGUUUACCACUGCGCUGUAAGCACACUAUUAGACGCUUCGAUUUGACUCUCAGAUAUUUAGAGCAUGGCACAAAAUGUACUAUUUAGCAAAUUAGCACACAUCAUCUUCCACCCACUCCUCAACCUUGCCCUCCUUGCCAGUCUGCACACUGCAGAAAGCCACAGCAGUUGGCACCUGUGUUUUUCCAGCAUGUAAAGUCUGCAAAGGACAUAUGGAAAUUGUUUUAGAAUUGUAUCCAGGCAACAGUUUUCCCUAUAAACUGACCUCUCAGUUUGACUUGUAAGGGUAUUGCCCCAGAAUUACAAUAUUGUUUAAGUACCUCUUAGCUAUUGAUAACUGGUUUAAAUAUAGCAGCUUGUUAUCUGGUAGUUUCUAGUGUAGAAAAUAUCAAUCUGUUUUCUAUUACUUAGAUCUGUGUAACAAGUGCUGUAGGUGUAAAACAAUAUUACAAGUGACCGAUGUAGUAAAUUCAAAUCAAAGUUACGCUUCGAUUUGACUCUCUGAUAUGAAGUGAACACCCCAAAUAUGCUAUUUAGCACCAAAAAAAAAUUUACUUUUUAAAAAUCCAAUGUAAGCAGCAGAUUAGCAGCAAAACAAUUAGAAUGUUUACAACUGCGCAGUAAGCGCAGUAUUUGACGUUUCUAUUUGACUCUCAGAUGUGAAGUGCACCCCACUAAAAUACUAUUUAGCAAUUUAGCACCCAAAUAAUUUUAAGUUUUAAAACUGCAAUGUGACAGCAGUGUUUGACGUUUCUAUUUGACUCUCAGAUAUGAAGCAAUUUAGCAUCCCAAAAAUUUUAAGUUUUAAAACUGCAGUGUGACUGUAACAGCUACCCUAGUUGGUGAGGGGGUAUCAGCCAUUGGAGACGUCCUUCUUCCCGGCAAGAUGCUGUGCAGUAGUAGAGUUGCUUAUUCCCAUCCACUGGAUCCAAGUACAGAACAGAACAGAGCUCUUAAAAGAGCUAAGUGAUUAAGCUGCAGAUUCCCUUCCAACAUCGAGACAAGGAUAAGUUUUGAAGGGUCAAGAAGAACUGAGGUUUAAUGACAGGUAUUCUCCUUUUAUGCGGUGCUCCCACGCAAAAGAGACACCCACAGGCAAUUAUACAGUGACCAAUCAAACAAUGGCUACAACCCACAAAUUCCCUCCCCUUGGGAGAUAAUUGAGUUUCUAACUGUAUCUACUCAAUUAUCUCCAAGUUAAAAAAAUCAUGCUUUUUAUACAUACUUAUAACUUUCGUAUUUUACAUGGUACAUGAAUAAAACUUAUAUUUUUAUAAACAGUACAACUUGGGGAACAAUAUAUUAAAAAUUCGUGCAAAUCCGUUUGGUGGUUCGGGAGAUAGUAAAAAGUCACUUGAACCGACCGCACGCCUGUGAGUAUGCCUAAAAUCAGUUCCACAGAUUCAGGCUGUGCGGUCAGUCUAUCUUUUGUUCAACGAAAAUCCCUAUUUACGGAUUCAUUCAUGCUUGGACUCAUUGAAUACAGCUAGUUCGGGAGUUUAUUUUAACGAAAAAGCGCUCUGUUCGGAUGGAUUUAGCCGAACGCACAGAGAAUGGAAGUUUCAGCGGUGUUCGUGUAAAAGUCUAGCCGAAAUGAGUUCCACGCGGUCGAAGUCCAAACACCGCUGAGUGCAUUCAACUAUCCAAAAUGGCCACCGCCACGUGUUCGUGCAAACGAAUGACGACCACCCUGUAUAUCAAUUAAACCCAUGGAGUGUUCGUGGUUUUCACGGUGUUCUUAUAGUCAGGGAGGUAAAUGAGUAGCACACUUCUGUUCUGGGUGGUCAGGCAUUCAGUACUAAAUUCGGUAUUCAAACAUUUUUAUAUUGUAUCUCCAUUACACAAAAGCAAUUACACGAACAGUCUUUGUCUUUAGGUGCAGGAUAAGGUGAGGGAGGGCAGGAAAACGGUGCAGGUUCCCAGGCACAUUGUAGGGAUUUUUUACAGUGACAGCAGUAUUUGACGAUUCUAUUUGACUCUCAGAUAUGAAGUGCACUCCACUAAUGUACUUUCCCACUAAUGUACUAUUUAGCACCAAAAUAAAUUUACUUUUUAAAACUCUGAUGUAACCACGGUAUUUGAAGCUUCUAUUUGACUCUCAGAUAUGAAGUGCACCCCACCCCACUAAUGUACUAGUUUGCAGAAUUAUUUCCUAAGCUGUCCCUAUCAGCAGCAGCAUCCUCUCCCUACACUAAUAAGACCGCAUGUGCGUGUGGCGCUACGCGACUCCAGCUUAUAUAUAGAGGCUGGGUCACAUGCUGCAUUGGCCAAUCUCAGUCAUGCCAUUAGUAGGCAUGGCUGUGAUGGCUUCUAAGGGCACACGAGUCAAAUGCUUGUUGAUUGGCUGCCCUGCAGCCUUUCAAAACGUGCCAUUAAAUCGCCGAACACCGAACUCCAACCCGAACAUACAGUUAUAUGUCCGUGUUCGGGUCCGGGGUCCAAAAAACGUAAUGUUCGGGUUCGCUCAACUCUAGUGGUGUUUCAAGUUAACAGGUUGAUGGGUUAGCCAGAGUAAGAACUUUGAAGCUGAUUAUUCAGAGGUAACUGUUUAAUCUUUUUAAUAUAGAAACAAGAUAAUAUAAAAUAAAUUGGAAUUAAAUUGUCUGCUAAACAUCUUGGAAUUGUAGUAGAUUACAGCCAGGAUUGUUUUAAAACUAGCACCACAGGGUAAAAUUAAGAAAAUUCAUAAUGUAAUCAUUAUCAUCAGGCCACCACAUAUCCAUCAACAUUCCUAGGAAUUACCUUCUGGGCAUAAAUUAACAGUUGACCUUGUAUCUCUCUCCUGACAGAUAAAGUUAAUACCACUGUGAAAGUGAACAUGAGAAUCAUUAACAAGAAUUAUACAGCUGGCUUGGAGCAAAUCGACUCUCCUGAAUACAAUGAAUUUGUAGAGAAUUUUAGAUCAGAGGUGAGAAUGUGAUCACUUAAAGUAUUAGAAUUGUUCAGCAAUCUAUACAUCAGUAGCACACUAUAACCAUUUACACCUCUCCCUGUCUUUGUUACAGAUGAAAGGGUUCUAUAAAGAUCUACCUGGAUAUAAAGAUGUGAUAAUCAUUAGUUUGAGGUAGGUUAUCCUAUCAAAAUUACCUAGAAACUAUAGGGUAAACCACAUGUCCAAAAUACCUGUAACAUGGUCAGCUCUUUUACUACCAACUCAUUUUAGUUUUAUAAAAAACAUAAUACUUUGAAUAUAUAAUGCAUAGUAACAAAAAUAGCAUACAAUUGCACGUUUUAGUGGUAAUUAAAGUAGAAAACUAAGGAAACUUACACACAUUUCACUUCAUUUAUCAUUUCAUUUUUACAGAAAUAUUGGUGGGAUAAAGAAUUUUAGUAAAUAUAUUUUGUCUGCUGUCUUGCAAAAGUAUUUUUAUAUCAAACUUGUAUUUUCAUGUGUUAUAAAGGCAUGUAUAUGUAACAGUGGAUUAGCUUUUAGCUUUCUAUAGAUUUUACCAGACUUUGUGUAUCUUUUGUAGCUGGGGCUCUGUCUAUGUUGAACACGAGGUUAUUGUAGAGGCUGAAUAUAAUGAAUAUGUGUCGGUGAUUAAACAGUACGAGGAGAUGUUUCAGAAUGUCAGUAGAAUCUUGGAUAUUCUAAGGAAUAAUUCAUGCACAAGUGAAUCAACUGGGUGUAAGUAUUUGAUGAGAGACUAAAAAAAGGGUGCUUUGCUGAAUAUGAAAAGUGUGUUUCUGAGCUAAUUUGUUUAAAGUGAAUAAAAGCUGAUAAUAAUGGACAUUUUAAAUUCAUCUCCAUUCCCAUACACAAAGGAGUAGCUUCUGAAGUUGACAUAUCCAGAAGUUACAGGUGUGGGUAUUGUAAUGGGACCUAGCUUUGCCAGAUUUACCAUGUUUUCUCUGACAUUAAUUUGUUUUUGAUGUUAAUCUUCACCACAUGAAAAUAGCUGACCUGGAGUAUGUAUGUAAUUAAAUAAUUGGGACAGUACCUUGGGAUCUGUUAUACUAUGUAUUAAACUACAGAAGUGAUAUGCUCACAAGAUAACAUGGCAGAUCUCACCACCCCAGCAAGAAUAUACGCUUUUGAAAUGAUCACAAUUUGUUUCAAAUGUUUUAAUAAAUUCUUUGCAAACUCCACGACUGACUGAGAAUUUUGUAGAGAAAAAAUUUGAAAAGAUUGUCAUCAUCAGAAUUGAGACUAGAGCGAUUUCUUGGGCGGACACUCGUAUUUCUCUCACUUUAUGUUUAUGUUGCAUGAAGUUAAGUCUGGAAAUUUUAUUACACAAAUAUUCACUAAGGUCAGGAAUUCAAAUUGAACUUAUAUGUAUUUUCAGGUAUUUUAUUCAGGUAUUUGGCCCCAAACUUUUAAAUUUGCUUUCAGUUUAGAUUUACAGCGCGUUGGCUAAAAAUUUUCUACUGAAGGGGUAAGGAGCCAUAGUAUGAUAAUUAUGUUGCUUAUCUUCAACUUUUUAUUCCAUUUCAUUGCAGCAGAUCUGUGUGUAACUAGCAUUAUAUUAACUGCUGUUUCUCCAAAAAGUGAAAAAGGUAUGUAAAUGUUAGUUCUGUUCUUCAGCACAAUAUUUCAGAUUUAUUUGCUAUUGGUAGUAGGCAUGAAAGAAAUAAUCUGAAUGUGUCUGUAUUGUCUUCUCGUAGAACUCUGCAAUGAAGCUGUCCAGUCUGGCUUUGAGGAGCACUUCGAACCUAUGGUCGUUAAUAGCAGCCUAAUCUGUGUUUCAAGCUGCAGUCCAAAUUCAAAAAGCUAUUUAAAUUGUAAUGAGGGCACCUGCCAAUUAGAAAAGGUCACAGGAGCACAUUGUCUGUGAGUAUACAUGAUAGUUUAUAGAACAAUCCUUUUGUGCAAAUUAAUGCAUUCUAUUAAUGCAGCAUCUCCAUGAUGUAUCACAGAGUAUGAUGUGGUAGUUAGUUUUUUCCAUCCGCAGUGUCAUUGCAGAGAGACUUGUAAUUAAUUAAUUAUCUAAUUCUGGCUGCAGCUUGAGAGUUAUAUGCUAACUGCUUUAUAUCUGUGCCUACAACUGUGUUUCUGUGUUAUGUGUUUGUUUAGUAACUUUUUAUUGCUCUUCCUUUGGUUUGCAGUUGUCCAAAUACAGAAACAUAUUUAUAUACCUCCCAGGGGUGCCAGGGAAAGAUAUUAAUGGCAGGAUUAUACGGUGGCAUUGGUGCGGGAAUUGCAGCACUUUUAAUAAUUAUUUUCACUGUGGGGUUCGUUAUGUUUCGAAACAACCAGAAAAAGUAAGUGCUGUAUGUUUAGUUUAUUGGAUGCUCACAUAUAUUGUUUAUAAACUACCACCCUUACAUUCUGUGUUAUCUUACUUUUGCUCUUUGUGAAUUCAGGCAUACAUUAUUCAAAGAUGAGAAAAAUUCAGUAUAUGAAGCCAAUGACAAUGAAUGGAGUGGUCAGCGGAGUAUCACCAACCUGAGUGAAGCAGCAUAUGAAGGUAUUUUUAAAAAUUAAAAAGCACCACGAUCCAGCUAUCAAAUGAUGACUUUACCCUAUGGGGAGGGGGGGGGUGGGAAUUUGACACUUACUCUAGAAUGACUAAGAAGAUGCACAGUAUAAGUCUUGGUUGCAACUAAACCACAUUUCAGAGACAGACUGAUGGCUCCUUCUGUCUGGGUACUGUAUCACCUUGCAGGGAGAGAGACAGACUCAGAGCCCCUUCUCUUGGUGUCACCAUGCACGCAUAGGGACAGAUUCAUAUCUUUUAUUGUGCCACCAUGCAGGGUCGGGAAGGUCUUGUAGCAACUCAUGUAUAAUGUUAAUAUGUCUCACUAAUUGCUACUCUUUGUGCAGAUACUCAGGAAGUUUACUUUUCUGGCAAAUAGAGAUUCCAACCAGCCUUUGAGAAUAUAAAUACAGCCAUCCAGGUAUGCAAAGAUUGGCUCCCAGUUUGGCAGAUACCCUCUUACCUUCCCCUUUGUAUCAUUUCUCUCUGUAUAUCACUCUUUGUUAUUUCAAUUAUUAUAUGUUUUUAUGAUUGGCUGCUUUCUAGAGAUUGACAUCUUUUGUUGAGUAUUCUUUUAUUGUGUUGUAUAUUCAGAUCUCUGUUGGAAGUAAUGUUCAUGUUACAGGUUUUGAAUUUGUACAACACAUUCAUUCAUUAAAACUCUUUCAGCAUUCUUUCCAUUUUUUUCGCUUCAUUAUUGACCCCGUAUCGUUUUUAAACUCACAUAAUAUAUUUUCUUGUGCAGGUGAAAAUGCAGCGAUCAGAGAUUUUGAUUGAAUGAUUUGACAACAAGGACAACUUCUGCCAUUUCCCUUCAAUCAUUGAAGCAACACCCAACCCAGGGAUGACAGUCAAUCAGAUCAAACUAAAUACUUUCUCAGUGAAGACCUUUCAAGGAGUGCCUAUUAUCCACAAUAGAAGAAGAAAGCACCACAUCAUGAGUGUCAUCUGCAUAAAGUUGACGUUUAAAGCCAUGCCAAGUGAAGAAGUAUAAAUGGAGAAGGAUAAAGGACCCAAGAUAGAGCCUUAAGCUACCCCACUUGACAGAGGCAUUAAAGAGAAGGAGUCACCAACAAAUGACACAGAAAUUACCUGUUUUGGGGAGAAAUUAGUGGUUCCAAGAGAGACCUGAUUUCAUCUAAGGCAAAAAUAAAGGGGGGGUUUACAGCAAGAACUAUAAGAAUGUGAAAUUCUCUGCCGGAAGAGGUAGAUUUGUCUGUACAGAUGUUUAAACAGAAAUUGGAUACAUACUUACAAAAACAUAACAUACAGGGAUAUCAUUUCUAAUUAGUGGGGUAGCUUCUUGAUCCAAGGAGAUAUCUGACUCACAUUUUGGGGUUUAAGAAGGAUUUUUUUCCUAGUUUGUGGCAAAAUUGGAAGCGUUUCAGACUGGGUUUUUUGCCUUCUUUUAGAUGAAAGGCAAAAAACAUAUGUGAGAAAGGCGGAACUUGAUGGACGCAAUGUUUCAGCUAUGUAACUAUGUAAUAGUUACACUUUUGCUCAUGGCUGCCUAAUGUCAAUUCUGUGCAAAAAUGAUGUCUGUUAUCAGGGCUCACUUUGCACUGGCAACAGACAUAAUAACCUUCGAUCUUUGCUGCAGUGCUGGGAGUGUGCCUUCAAUGGGAAAACUCUAUCUCCCUCCCUACCACCUCUGUGCACUCCAUCUUCUCUGCUUUUAUAGCUAUAUAUGUUUUAAUUAAUUUCCUCCCUUGUCCACCCAUCACUCCUUCCCUUCUAACACUUUACAGCUCAGAGAAUACACGUGCACUCUGAGCUGGGAAGGCCAAUCCAAUCAAAGCAUUUGAUUGGACCUUGUGAGAGAGACAGUGACAUCAGACAGGUGCUGGAUUCCAGGUAAGUUUGUUAUUAUGAUCAUUAUUAAUGGUUUUCUUAAAGGGAGGACCUAAUUAUUAAUGCCCAACAUGUCUAUCAUAAUUUAAAAAAAAAAAAAAGUAGUUGUAACGCUUUCAAAACAAUAUACAAAAUAAUACAAACCAUGUUACACUGGAAUAGACACUUGUUUUAAGUUCAGUUGCAAUGUUUACAUGACUUCUUUGACUCUAUAAUCUUUGCACAAGCUCUUUCCUUCAGUCACAGAAAUGGAGCCAUGUGUUCACAGCUCUCUCCAUAGCGAUGACUCUUCCACAUCUCUGUCCCAGCAUGGAGUGUGUUUCCCAUGUUUUUAA